CGGUAGGUGGAGCCUGCGUGCGCAGACCCGCGAGCGCGCUCACGCUGGGACCAGGAACCGUCAGUCAGCUGGUACCGGCCACCGGAGCUCCAUCUCCCGCCCCCCGGUAGGUGCUCUCCCUGCAGACAGGCUGUAGCUGGCCGUGCCCUGGCCAUGGGAUAGCGGGGGUUUGGCGAGCUGUCAGGGAGCCUUUAACCCUUUCACAUUGCCAGGCCGAGCUCUGCUGAGCAUCAUGGGAAAUGUAGUCCUCAGUAUGUGGAGUGCCAGAGGGUGCCUUGCACUGGCACAUUGUACUAGCCUGUCAGAGCUCUGGCCAGCUCCAGGACCCUGGGCAGUGGAUAGCACCAUGCUGGGCUGUCAUUAUUGCUUUACAGCCUGGGGGAACAUAAUAAUAAUCAAUAAUCAAUAAUAAUUAAUAUUGGGUUUAUUAUUCAAUCUCAGGGGAUCAAUGUCUGGGGUCAUUGAAGGGGUUAAGGGCAUUUCCAAUUGUAAGGAUUUUUUUUCAAUUUUUUUUUUUUUAAUAUGGGUGAAUACAUGUAGCCAUAGAUGGGGGUGGUUUUGGUUGGCAGAUGGUUGGCAUGCUCACAUUAUUGUCCUUUAUUGUAAGCAAGCACCAACAUUAUUACAAGGUUUAUAUUGCCUGUGUAAUACAGUGGCCUGUUUAGGGUGUUCUGUAAAGGGAAUUGAUUGCACUGGAGUUGGUGGAGAUGGACUAGGGAGAUUGAAUAUGGCUAAUAUAGCUAGACAUUUUUUUAUUUUUUAUUUGGGCCUAAAACUUGCAGUCCAAUUGUAAAUUGUUCACAAGUUCCUGUUUAAGGAAUAGUCCUUUGAAUAAAAAAAAUAAAUUAAAUGGACUUUAUGUUGAAUGACUUCCUCGUAUGAUUUUGUACAGCUCUGUGGAAUUUUUGGGCAUUUCCUAAAUAACGACAAUUAUAUAUUGAAUAUCAUUUGGAGGCUGUCUGUGUUCAUAAACUGUGUGGUAAUGUUUGUGUUAGUCCUCUUCUUUUAAACUAUUAUAUGCGAGGAAUAGUUCAUUAGUCUUACAGCGUAUUCUACAAUGAAGUAUUUUACAUUUCUAAAUUACCCGUUUAAUUCUGGACUGUAUUAUAGAUACUGAGGCAUUUUAUACAUUAUGAUGUUGUAUUUUAUGUCUUCUUUAGUAUGGCAUGGUCUCCACGCACAUCUGCACAUAAAUGAUAAAAUUCAUGUGGCUAGAAUAGUGUUUCUGGUUUGAUUUGAGAAGGAUUCCUGUUUUAUGCAUGCCAGAUAUUAAUAAAUAGUUUUUGUCGGAUAUCUUCAUGGUUAUUGGAGCAAUUCAUUUUUGAUAUGUUUUUUAAAAGAAUAUGCCACUUUAUUGAGGUUUAAACGAUUAAAUUGAAAACUUGUAUAAUAGAAAUAUAGAAACAGAGUGUGACGGUAGAUCAGAACCAUUCGGCCCAAUUUUCUAAAUACUUUCAUUAGUCCCUGGCCUUAUCUUAUAGUUAGUGUAGCCUUAUGCAUAUCCCACACAUGCUUAAACUCCUUUACUGUGUUAACCUCUACCACUUCAGCUGGAAGGCUAUUCCAUGCAUCCACUACCCUCUCAGUAAAGUAAUACUUCCUGUUGUUGUUGUUAUUAUACCUUUGCCCCUCUAAUCUAAGACUAUAAUGAACAAGCAUUUCAUAAAGGUUCUUCUUAAAAUAUAGCUGUAGAUCCCUUUUUGACUAAACUCGUGUUUUGUUUGGGGGAUUAUUGAUUCCUUAACUCUGGUACAAUACUAUGGAGAAAAGGCUUGUGUUACUCUGCUUUACGGACAUUGUACGUUUUAUAUGCUGUGACAGAGUACUGGUACGUAUCAUUAAUAAAAUAAUGAUCUAUAGAAUCAGAGUGCAAACUGUGCAGACAACUACUGGGUUUUUCAGAUUGCUUACAGUCCUGAAAAGACUUAUUUACAAAAAAAAUAAAUACAUGAAAUGUAUACUUCAGUCCAGCUACUUAGCUGUAUAUUGUAUCAGCUGCAUUUAGCAGACAAAUCUAGCAUCUCUGAUAUGCCAGAGAGUGAAACACAAUAGCAGAUUCUAUAUUUCCAUGCACUGACCGCUGAACCUGUUCAAACCUUAUGGUUGCAGGCUUCAUUCCUUGCAGGGUUGGUUCAGCCUUUCAUCUUUCUGAGUUGGCUAAAUGAGUACCGUACCUCAGGGCAUCCGUGAAACAUGAUAUAAAAUCUAUUCUGCUUCUUUCCUGGUAAAACACUUUGAUUUUCUUAUUUAUAGUUCCCUGUUACUCCCUGUAAUGUAUAAUCUUUUCACAGAGCCGUGCAGCUUUUUUCCUUGUGUCUUCUUACCAGAAAUUAUUUUAUUAUUUUUGCAUUACAGGUCCCCCUUGACUAGAACACCAUGGCUUUCAGCAAAGGAUACAGGAUCUUUCACAAGCUGGAUCCUCCUCCAUUCAGUUUAAUUGUGGAGGCAAGGAACAAGGAGGAAUGUCUUAUGUUUGAGUCCGGUGCUGUGGCUGUUCUGUGUAAGUCUCAUUUAUAAUGUAUAGUUUUCUUUCUCACAAAGCAGUGCCACUGUGGUCAUUGUACAAUUUAUAUUUUGAGGCUAUCAUAGUACAGUCUGUAGUCAGUAGUGAAAGCCUAUAUGCCUUGGCCCCUUUUUUAUUUACCAAUGGCAGCCUUACUCAGGUGAACCUGUUACCCAAGAUAAUGUUACAUUAGCCAAAGGAGUAUUAAAAUCGGUGCUAUAGUAAGAUUUUUUUUUUUUUUUUUUUUAAACGUUCAACUAAAAUCUUAAACUUUAUUUGAAGCAUUUUUCAGCUAUUUCUCAAGAGGGACUGUGAACUUAGUUGAUGAUAGUUCCUCUUUUACCAAAGUAAUAAAAAUGUAUCCUGGAAUGAGGGAAAUGCAACAAAAUUGACGAUUAAACACUUGUGGUUCUACUAUUUUCCAAAAAUGCAUAGUCAAAGGAAAUCAUGGUCUUGUGCAAUCUGCUGUUUAUUUCUUUUAUAUAUAAUAAUAUAUGCACUCAUUAAGUGCUUCUAUCCUUUCUUUCCUGCACCAGAUCUUCUAUCCUUUCUUUUCUGCACCAGUUAAAAUACAUUAUGGAAAUAAAAUUGAAGAAGCCAGGCAGGAAGGCCAAUGUAGAUCAUAUUUUCUAAUAGUGUAAAAAACACUCGAUCAUUAUAAUUUAUUUUUUUAUAUAUAUACUUUAAGACUCCCGUACAAAGCCAAUAAUAGAAAUAUUGAUAGUUCAUUAUGCUUUUUUUUUUCAUGGAUGCCAGAGAAAGGUGGGGAUUAUAGUUCAGCAAGGGACUUUGUCUGUUUAAACAUGCUUUUCCGUUCAGCAGAAAGUAACAUGUUCACAAACACAAAAUGUUCCGUUUAGAUACAAAUACUAAGAAAAGUAGAGGCACGGCUUCCUACUGCAUGCAGGAAUAUGACUCAUUGAUAAUAAGGAUAUGUUUUUUUAGGUUCCUUCCUUUUUGCAAAGCUGAUGGUGCAUUGAGCACUCUGAGCCUACCCUCUGCUCUGAGAGUGGAUUAUAAUUUAUGGCUGUAAGCAUGCCCAUCAGACUUAUCAAUCAGGCAGCCUGGAGAGAGAAUUGUUCAUUUGGACCAAUUUUUGCCCAGCUCAUGCACAGAUUAGAUUGCACUUUUCUCCUCCUAUGAGAGAGUCGCGCCAAUGACAGCGCAUGCGCGCACAGUGAUUCUACUCAUAGCGGCACAUAAUUCGGGUUGCCAGCCAGUUACAGUCAAUUCCUCCAAUGUGAUAAGUGGAGCUGUCCUUGCUGGUUGACCCAUCCAUUAAUCCUGUGCUGGCCAGGCAAGCUCACUAAACCAGGCCUUGACAAAUUUGUUUGGAAUCUAGGAGCCUGUCAUUUUCAAUGAGAAAAUGCAAUUCUUAAAGGGACACUAUAGUCACCAGAACUACUACGGCUUGAUGUAGUUUUUCUGGUGUCUAUAGCCUGUCCCUGCAGGCAUUUUAGUGUAAACACUGCCUUUUUUGUAAAAAGGCAGAAUUUACAUUGCUGCUUAGUAACACUUCUAGUAACAGUCACUCAGAAGGUCACUAGCGAGUCCUGGGUCACUGCUGCACCAUGUGAUAGUCAAUCGGAGGGGGCAGGUGCAAACUCUUGACAGACACACAGUCUCUUGACAGACUCGCACAAACACACACAGUCUCUUGACAGGCUCAAACACAGGCUUACGCUGACAACGAUCACACACAUACAUACAGACACUGACAGGCUCACACACACACACACACACACUCGCUCUCUCACUCACACACACAUUUUUGUUUGAAUUGUAACCCACUCAGCUUCCCUACCUUUGGGAGAGUUUAAACCUCAGGGAGCAGAGAGGAGCUACAGGCAGAGUACUGCUCCCUCGCGCGCCGCCCACAAUGCUCCCGCGGGCGUCCGCCUCCUCCAUGCUGCUCAGGGUGGCCGCCCACCCGCCACCAUGCUCCUCAGGGCAGCCGCAUCCCAGGCACCAGGGUGAAAUUUUUAGUCGCUGUGGCGACCUGGCGCCUGGGAUUUGUCGAGCCUUGCACUAAACAGUGCAAUAAAGGUAACUUUGAAGAUAUCUAUAUAUUUUUUAUAUAUAUUUUUUUUUGCCCUAUUCAACGAGUUAGAAAUAUAAUAUAAUUUUUGUCCCAUAAUUACAUAUUUACCCCAUGUUUUUUUUUUACCUCCGUUUACUGAAAAUAGAAAUUAUAAAGGCACUAGCCCACGUGGGAGGUGUCACACCUACAAAUCGGUAAAAGUAAUGCUGAUCUGUUUUCAUAACAAUUUUCUUCGUAAAUUUGAAAUUUCCAUUUUGGACGUCUGCCAAGUUUAGAAUGGCAGAAAAAAAGAGAAGUCAAACAGACCAUUUUCUGUUGGAAAAUGCAGUUGAGAGAUCGCUAAAUGUGUUGUAUUACACCAAAAACGACAAAGGUUUCAGUAGUAGCAACAGAUAAGAAAAAUUUACAGAUUUGUGCUAAAAAUUAGACUUAAAAAAUGUCAGUAAUAUUUUGAAAAAUCUCUCCCUCUGCCACUAUGACUUUUUGUGUAUGUGUGUCUGACAUCCAUUUUUACCUUAUAUUACUAUUAUAUGUGAUAUAUAAUUUUUAAAAAUUUUUAUUAACAUCCUCACACACCGUUACUUUCAGCCAACCCAAAAUCUAUUCACGCCUUGCCAACCCCCAACACAAUCACACGUAGCCAGCCUCCACACACAACCACACUCAGCCAUUACACUCAACACUGUGAGUUUUCUUGCUUUGGAGCUCUGCAGUACACUUAGACACUUUACAUGAAUGUGUUUUAUUGUACUGAGCACGAUCACAAUUUCAUAGAAAUUAAGUUGUGGUGGUGCCAGGAGGUCUCUGGCCCUCUCUUAUAUCGAAAGGUUAAACCGUUCACGAACAGUUUAACCCCAAAGAUUGCAAUCCGAGCGGCAUUCCUGGCUGUUCCCAAAUUUGGAUAGAGGAAGCAAAGGCUGCUGCUAUGUAAGGACGUCAUUGAUUGGCUUAGAGCGGUCUAAGCCAAUCAGUAUCUCUCUAUUCAUUAAAAAAUUUUUAAUUAUAAUUAAGUGGUCUGCUGAUUGGCUUAGAGUGUCAGCUAAACGUCCUAAGCCGAUCAGCGGCGCCCCUGCCCGGCAGCAGUCCCUGCUUCCUUUAUAUGGAUCUGAGACACAGGUUGUUAUUGGGAACAGCUGGAUUGUACUCUUUGUGGUUAAACUGUUCGUGAAUGGUUUAAUCCCUUGAGAUAAGGAAGCACCAGGUAGCUCCUGACAGCAUAACAUUUUCAAUGUUGUUCAAAAGUUGUAAACCGUUUCUUUAAAAGCAUUACAUAGGAUUUUGGUUCUCUUCCACUUUCAUUUGCUCUUGUGUGGUUGUCCUCAGUCCCAUGCUGCCCAUCAAGGACCGGAAAGUACUAUAUAUUAAUAAGUCAUUUCUAUAUUGAAUUACGUCAUGUUUUGUACAAUAAACAAGAUGAUCUGGUAUAAUUAAGUGAAGUGGAAGCCCAUUGAACUACCUUUGCAGACAAUAUGUUUACUGCAGUGAUAGGAGUUAAAGGAUCACUAUAGGGUCAGGAACACAAACAUGUAUUCCUGACACUAUAGUGUUAAACCCACCAUCUAUCCCCCUGGCCACCUCAUGCCUCCAUAAAUGUAGCAAAAUCUUACUGUAUUCAAGCCUGAAGCUCUAGAUCUGCAUGCUGUGUGCCUCAGAAAAACAAGUUGUAGUUGUUGCAGCAUAAGUGGUGGUCUGAUCCAAUCACAAUGCUUCCCCAUAUGAUUGGCUGAGACUGACAAAGAGGCAGAUCAGGGGCAGAGCAAGCAUGAUUCAAACACAGCCCUGGCCAAUCAGCAUCUCCUCAUAGAGAUUAAUUGAAUCAAUGAAUCUCUAUGAGGAAAGUUCAUUGUCUGCAUGCAGAGGGUGGAGACAAUGAAUGCUUGGAUGCAUUUUAGGCAGCCACGACCCAGGAAGGAUCUCUAACAGCCAUCUGAGGACUGGCCAGUGAAGUUAUCCCUAGGCUGUAAUGUAAACACUGAAUGUCUCUGAAAGACAAUGUUUACAGCAAAAAGCUGAAGGUAAUGAUUCUACUCACCAGAACAAAUUCAAUAAGCUGUAGUUUUUCUGGUGACUAUAGUGUCCCUUUAAAAUUAAGCAGUUUCCUUUCUAAAAAUUACACCAGUCAGUUUAACUUUGCACAUCACCUAUAACUUGUUUUCAUUUUCUUUCAUGCAAUGCUCCAUCUUUGUUUUACAUUGUAUUAAAAAUGCUGCAAAUAACAUCUCAAAACAGUUCGGCACCGGCACAGCACAAAUUGCAAAUGAGGAGGGGAGAUGCAAACAUUGUGAUAUUGCUUCCCUUCACGGUUUGAUUGUCGGGAGGCACAAAGAUACAUUAUGUAUUCAAUGUAAGGUUUUGAGAUAUACUGAAAUUAUGGGUGUUACUCUUAUCAUAACUCCCACUUUCGGUCUGCCUGAGGUUUGCUCUGCUUGGACCCUUCCCCACGCAGCACAAACCUCCACCGUAACGCCAACAUGCCGGUAGCGUUGGCUUGGAAGUUGCUAUAGCAACUACUGGGCAUACUCUGUGGUUGCUGUGUAUGGACAGCAGAAGAAUACCUGUUGAAGGUCUUUUCUGCUCUCCCUCUUCAGUCAAUUCUUUGGCAUAAAUAAAGUCUGUGCAGAAGAAUUGACUGACAGGUGGGUUGCGAGAGAGACCUAUUUUAAAUAGUUUUUAUUGUCUCCCAUUCUAUACAUUUGUUUGCAAAUCUGCUAACACAAUGUAUAGAUAGACAUUAAUGCUCUUUAAGAAGAGAAAAGGCUGUUGGGCACAACAUGCACCCUUUAAAUAUUUUUUUUCAUAACGUUACUGUUUAAACAAAACUAACUAAGCAAGGGUCUUGUCCUGCUUUAAACAAUGCAUGUCUGGCUGCCACCAGUGUUCCAUGCAGUCAGACAGAAUUCUCAGGAAACACAGCCGCUCUGGCUGCAGGGGGGCAAUACACCCAUACCAAAGCUUUAUCCAAUUACUACCUGAAAAGUAUGGUAUUAAAAUUUGAUACAACCUAUGAGAAGUUAAUUUCUUGUGCUAGCUCCCUUUAAGUUUAAUACAUUGGCUAUUUAUUAUAAACACACUGUAGUAUUAAUAGAUGCUGUUUAAUCGCUCCCAGAGUUGUAUUGUUUAUAAGGUUUCUACUUGUUGAAUUGUCUGUCUAAAGCUUUAUACUGUUGAAUAUGUAAGUGCAUUAUGAAUAAAAGAUAAUUGUAUAAUUGCUGUUUAUUCAAUAAUCUGUUAAAUCUGGAGGAAACGUAUUUUGCUUUAUUUAUUUGUUUUCCCCUUUGGCUACUGUUCUUGUUCAAUGUAACACGUUUUAUCACGGUUUCUAUUAUCUUUAAAGUUGUUUGUUUGUAGCAAUAUGUUAAAAACAAUGUUUUUUUUGAAGUUUGAUUGAUGUGUGAUUUUAAAGGGACUCGACAGUUUAGAGUUAAUCCCCAUUUUAAUGCAUUCAUUUGAGUGCAAUAAAAGUAACCAUAAAAAUAAUUUUUCACGUUUCAGCAUUUAUUGCAAAAUCCCCAGGGUUUACAGCUACCUGUAGUGAGCUCUGCCCAAACUAAGCAAUUGCUGAUAACUGUCAGCUACUUUCUCAUUCUGGAAGUCACAUUUAUAGGAGGGAAAGACUUGGACAGUGUGUGCUAUGGGUACAGGAUGAAGGAGACGCAUACGGUUCUUCUUGCGUCAUCUGUAAGUUACCAUAUAGCUGUUGUAAUUUUUGUAUAUACACAAUGUGCACGGCAGCUUGUGCAAGAAGCAUAGGUUUUUAUAAUUGAAAUACCGCUUUAGCUGUAAAGAGGCACUGUAAGCACCAUAACAACUUUGUGUAGCAUGCAUAGUGGUGCCGAGUACCCUCCAUCUGGUCUCCAUUACACUGACGAGGAUGCAUGUAUUGUAGCAGUUACCUGGCCUAGAUGCAUUACAUUUUAUGCUCCUUUUGAGUUGCUACUUUCUCUCUCUCUUGACUUUCUUUUAUUCUUUCUUUUUCUCUGAGGCUAUUGUUUCAGGAUAUGAUGAAACUGCACGGAAAAAUGGAUCUGGUUAGAGCUGUUUGAGACUAUGCUGCACUCAGGUGUAAAACAGAUACACAAAUUCCCAAAGAGUUAUUUUCAAUGGAAUGCAAAUAUCUUUUGCUUUUAUCCAUUGCCUAGAGAUUGAUGUGACUGUUCUAAACCAUUCACCACUAUAGCUACCACUACCGUAUAUUGUUUUGCCAUCAGUUUGCUCACUCUUCAGUUUGAUUAUCGGGGCUGGAUGGUAUGCCUCUCUAUUUCAACAUACGGUAUAUUAGCAUUUGGUUGAUUUUUGUAUUUACAUUUAUUAUUAUUUUUUUUAAGACUAACAAAAAUAUUAAACAGAAGAUGGAAGUCUACCAUUUUAGUGUAGCUCAAAGCAUCUGUCAGGUUGUUGUGGUUGUUCAACCGAUGCCUGGGCAGGAGAAGAUGUAUGGGGCGUUUUGGCUCAAAUCCACAUGAUAGACAUGCCUGCUCCCCCCCAGAUCCGCACUCCCAGUCCCAGGCCUGUUUAGGAACAUUCACUAAACGUCUGAUUGCCCCAAGACAUUCUAUUUUGUAGAGCGAUCGCCCAGGGAAUAUGGAUGAUGUGCCGCGAUAAACUUCGCCUCUGUUGAGGACUCUGUCACAGUCAAGUCUGCAGCCAUUUUAGGUUGCUUGAUGUAAGUAGAGCAUUCCGACUGUUUAGGGCCCAGUAGCAUGGGUAGGCAAUUCCUAGGCACCAACCAUACGCCUCAGAGGCAUUAACAGCUGCAGGCUGGGAGAUGGGACGCAUAUUCCAUACCAAGGCCCCUGUGGGCCGAGCAGGUCAAGAACUCAUUCUGUGGAAUGAGUGAAAGCUCAGAUUUGCAGCGUGGGUUCCAUUCUGUUAAGUAGAUCAGGAAAGUAGUCGCUAGAAUGCAAGCUUCGGGCUAAUAACAAUAUAAUCCGGAUAAUCAAGCUUUGGUAAGGAGCUCUUCUCAAACACGUCUUGUCUGGCUACAUAGUCAGGUCCCUGCCCGCAAGGUACACCAUGCUUUUAUGGCUCAGUAGAGAGGCAACCUUCUACUAUAAUUUACCAAGUGUUACUUACAGGGUGUGAUUUAUGGUCCAAAGUCCCCUAACUGACUUCAAAGCACUUUGUAGAAUUAACACAUCUGCAUUAUCUAUGUCAGUUUUACCCACAUGAACAGCAAUUUAGGUUUAGAGCUCUUGGGGCAGUUAAGCUAAACACUCCUAUCAAUGCUCUGUUUGGACAAAAUGAACACUAAUUAUGCAGAAGUAUAAAUUCGACAUUGUCCUUGCAGCCAAGAACGGGUGAUCUUUGACUGCCCAGGAGAGCAUUGUUUAUUUGUGUUGCUUUUGGUUUUCAGGAUGUCAACAUAAAUAAGGCACUGACUAGUGGUUGCUAUAGUGCUUAUAGUGCCGCUUUAUUCUAGAAGUACCACUGUUUUAUAUUUAUUUAGGUUAAAGUAAAUUACAGAAGACAGACAAAAAUAGGCGCUUUCAGCCCCAACGCCAGUGUUGUCUGUAGUGUUUCAACGUAGUUUACCUUUUUACUUUUUGUUUUCGAUUCUCAAAGUGACCAUUAGCUGACAGUUGGCAUGUAAUCCCCAGUCAGCGUUAUUUCAUCUCCCAGCUAGGAAUAAAAUUGAAGCAUCCCUUUACAACAGACUGCAGAUUCCUUCUUCCAGCUAUUCCUGUUAAAUGAAGAGCACAUUCAGACGUUUAUUAAUCUCAGUAGAGUAAAAUGUUUGUUUAUAUAGUGUCUAGAUAUAUAUUCUAAGCUACUAAGGCAACUGUCUGUCUAUGGAAUUUUUCCCUGUAAUCUCUCGAUAGGAGGUCCAAUAAACAUUCACAGUGAACGGAUUAGGUAUAUAUUUAAACAGAUGACUCCUGCGUGCAGACCCAAAUCAGAGACAUAUGAAUUGCCAUGAGUAUAAUGGACACUUUCUGUGUAAAUGCAUCUAAAUAAUGAAAUAAUGUUUUUGUGUAUUAUCACAUAAUUGAAUGUUUCCCCACAUUCAUAUGUAUACUGCAUACACUGCCUUCAUCUGCCAAACACACAGGUGACAAAGGUGUCAAUCCGUAAGACCGAAUGACCUGCACCUUCCAGACAUCAUUAUACCCCUCAGUCAUUCUCCAGUAGCCAGGGAGGUGAGGGUGCUGAACUGUAACUGUGGGUACUCACAUUUUGACCCUUUUAAGUAAUUCUCUAUGGCUAGGCGACAUUCCUCAAUCGCAAGGAAAGCAUGUUCAUUGCUACAAAUAUGUCUGGCCCAAAGUCACAUUUCUUUAGGAACAUGUAUAAGCACGGUGCCUGUUUUGGGAUUCAAACCUCAAAUAAUACCUCAAAUGUUCAGUAUUUAAGGGAGUCUGUAUCUGUUUGUGGCAAAAAAACAUAAACCGCAUUUUAUCAAACCAUUAAGGAAAAAGAAAAAAAAUUAUAUUUAAACUACUUCUCCUAUUCAUUCUGCAUUCCUGCGCUCUCUCUUUAAUCCCUUAAUGGCCAUUGGAGUAACUAAAUAACCUCCAUUUGUUUAAAUAUACAUAGGGAUUAAGGAGAGAGCACAGGUAACUUUCUUUUGUAUUUACUGUAUGUGAUACCGGAGAAACUGACGGAAGCAAAGCACAGAGAGAUGGACACAGGUUUCUUCAGGAAGGAAGAGAUUCUUUAUUGGAUCACCGAUCGGGACUCAGAGGGACUAAUGUCACCAAAAAUACAGCAAGUUCUGAGCCCUGAACAAUAGUGCAGGCUCCCUAUAUAGGCACAUAACUCCUCCCAUAUUAAGCUCCACCCGCACAUUCUCUUGACCAAUCAUUACAAAUAAGAAUUAACUUCCUGCUUGACCGCAUGGCUUGUCCAGCACAAUGGAGGAGGGGAAUACUACAUCCUGUAUUCUUGCACAUGCUCCGUACACUACUGAUCGUAUCUUGCCUCGUGCAACCAACUGAUCGAUACGUCAGCAUAUGCACGUACACAUGCCACGUGGUAAUCUCGGCCUACUAAAUUUAUUUUUACGAGAUUCCACCACAUUCCCCCCUUUGAUGCCUCUUGAUAUUUUACAAUUACUUGAGGCAUCACUUAACCUUGGUUUGCAUACACCACAAGUUACCUUUGAACCAGACCAGACUUAUCCUAUGAUGUGAAUCUUCAACACUCGUCUUCCUGCAUUGGUUCUCCCUGAUCUAGAGCCUUAUAUUUAUAAAUUGCCAUUAUCUGUGCAGCAGCCUUCCUCUCUGCUAUAUUUUCUAUCAGGCUUUGCACAGACCUAACUACUAAGGGUAUAAGACACGGCAGGAGUAGACACAACAUUAAAAUCAGUGGGACUCCACCUACCACUGCCUUAAGCCCUCCAAACCACUCAUACCAGCUACCAAACCAACUACUUGGAUUGUACCCUUUCCAUACCUGAGUAGGCACAUGCGCUAAUUUAACCAUAUGGCUAGUAAGCUCAGCUAUUGCUUGCCCUUCGUCAUCUAUUUGAAGACAGCAAUUGCUCAGGUUAAACUUCCCACAUACACCUCCCUCUACUGCCAAAAGAUAAUCCAAGGCUAAUCUAUUUUGGUAAACUGCUGUCCUCAUCCUGGUAUUAUGCUUCGCUAGAAGAUUGAGCGCUUGUGAUGUCUCGUUAGUAAUGAUCUCAACCACCGCCUGUAACCUUAUAAUGCGGUUGAGCAUAUAAAUAGGGGUUCUAUAACCAAAGGUACCAUCCUCUGCCCACGUGGCUGGCCCAUAAUAAUCUAUAAUACGCUGGGGAGGCCAUUCAUUAUCUUCCCAGGCACCUAUCUCUAUGGGUCCCCUUUUCUUCCUAUGAUUCACAUCAUACACUUUAACACCUAAAGUCUCACCUGUUUCAAUAGGCAACAAGAAGAAGGAUGGUUUCAACAUACCCAACACACAUGCCCCUUCCCAGUCCUGUGGUAACUCCGAAUAGGCCUUCUUACCACAGAUCCAGUACAAAUUCGCUGGGGCUCUCCAGUUAGAUGUGAUGGAUAGAUCAAACCAUACGUCCUUUAAAUUGGCAUAUCUUGCAAGCGGGUUAGAUGGUUCUGAGACAUUUGAAGCCGACCACCAAGUUGUAUUCUUUGUAUCAUCAUCAUAAGCUUUUUGCCCUAGACAAGUUAAUUCUCCUACAGAAGUAUUAUACAUCAUUCCUUUCCUCGCUAUGCAAACAUAACCUAUGAUGGAGGUCUUCAAUCUCCACUCAGAUUUACCUCUAACACUCAUAUGAUAGUCGGCUUGUGUAGAUAUUAAUUGGUCAACUGCCUCAGAACCGGACAUUACCUCCUUUGCUUCCCAAGGCCAUUGGUCUCCCAUGUUAGUACCUCCACACACAUAGCAGUUGGUAACAUUAAGACUACCGGCAAUACUUUCGGCUAAAUCAAUGAACAAGUUUUUAGCAUUAUGGGGGAUCUUAUUAUCUAUGCUCAUCUCUUCAUAAAAGGAAUGGUAUACUUGAUGAGUUUGGGAGGUUACCGUAUCAGUCUCUAUCCCUAUAAACAAUAUUGUCCCAGGGUCUAAACCCGUCCCAUAUAUUUGAAACCCAAAUAAAUUACCAUAUUUAUCUAAGAACUUGUCAGGGUUAUUUAUAAGUAUAUGGAUUGGAUUGCAUUCCAUAGACUUACAAUAUGGAUCGGUAGGCAACUUAGUCACAAUCAUGUCCUUGUCUGCUGUCUGUCCCCAAGUCGCCCACCCCACACAAGACCAAUAUGGGCAGAAGUUAUAAUCUCUAUUUGGGCAUCUUGGACUUACAUAUUUAUUUUACUACUGGGACAAAUAUAUUUAUCGUUAGACCCAUACGUCCUCUCCCAUCUAAGAUCCCCACAUACAUUCCACGGCUUUCUACCACUUGAUAUUGCUUUACACGCAUCAAAUAGCAGAGCACCUGAAGAAUAUACGGAUUUAAUACCGUCUUAUUAAUUAGGGUCCCCUGAGGAUCUCCAUUUCUGAGAGUCAACCAAAUUGUACGGGGUUGAUACUCAGGACUGAAGCACUUAGGUUCUCCUACUCCUAAAUGACACACACUAUAUUCUAUAUUUAAGUAUCUACAUCUUGAUACAUCUCCUUUACACUCAUAUUGCGAAUGCCAAAUUAGGGUCUGGGAUAUAUGGUUACCUGUUCUUGUAGUCUUAAUGCAUACCUCACAGCUAGGAGUGUCGGUACCUCUACCUUCCUGAAUAUAAAAAUACACAUAAAUAAACAUUAUUAAAAAUACAUCUUUCGUCGUCAUCCUCAGUCUUCGUCCGUGCGAAGGCACCUCAGCUUCCAGGAUGUAAGGGCUGCAGGGAAUGGAGUUCUGCUCGUCUUCACAGGGGUCCCCUCAAGACUUUCCCUGACUUAUACACUCGUUGGUGAGUGGACAGGCUUUAUUAUGGCCUUCUCACUCACUUACCAAGUCUCUGAAACAAUAAAAUUUGUAAUCCACAAGGUUCCUCGUCACUCCGACUGAGUCGUGCGUUUUAACCGGAUCUUGCAGGGAUUCUCUGGAUUUGCUGUAACUUGCCAGGAAUCGGCUGCUGCUGGUUUAACCCUGGAGUGAUGUAUCCACGGAGUCACUUCGGCUACUUUUAUCGCUGUAGGGGUAGACAAAAGAACAACAUAAGGACCUCUCCACUUGGGCCCUAACGGCACAUUAUUCCACUCUUUAAUCCACACUUGGUCGCCUGGGUGGUAACUAUGAAUUGGGGGAUAAAUAUUCACAGGUAAUCUAUCUUGUACCCAUUUCUGUACCUCCUCCAUAGUCUUACCCAACUCUACAACCUGCUGCCGGGUAAUUCCUUCUCCCAACUGACUCAAAUCCCCCCUUAAGUUACCAAGCACGGGAGGUGGUCGCCCGUACAUGAUUUCAAAAGGAGAGAGGCCCAUCCUUCUGGUAGGUGUACUACGGAUUCGCAAUAGAGCUAUGGGCAAGAGAGCGUUCCACUUAAGUUGGGUUUCCUGACACAUUUUAGCCAACUGAUUCUUAAUAGUUCUAUUCAUUCUCUCUACCUUACCAGAACUCUGGGGUCUAUAUGCCGUAUGAAGCCUCCACUUUAUACCAAGCAUAUGAGUCAAUUGUUGUAGGCACUGAUGAACAAAAGCUGGACCAUUGUCCGAUCCUAUAGAGCAGGGUAGUCCAUAUCGGGGUAUUAUUUCUCGUAGCAGGAAUCUCACGACUUCUCCUGCUUUCUCUGUACGAGUAGGACAUGCUUCUACCCAGCCUGAAUAGGUGCACACCACUACCAGCAGGUAGCGAUGUCCACCCGAUUUAGGCAUCACUGUAUAGUCAAUUUGUAAAUCGGACAUGGGAAGUCCCCCCAUAAACUGGACUCCUGGUGGCUUUACUGGUCCUUGUCUUGCAUUAUUUUUAGCACACGUUACACAUCUACGUACAAUGGCCUGAGUCAAGUUGGACAAUCUUGGUAUGUAGAAAUGUUUUCUGAGAGAUUCUUCUGUACUGUCUCUCCCAGAAUGUGUCCCGUUAUGAUAGUUUUGGACAAUUUCUACCGCUAGUGAUGCUGGAAUAACUAUUCUUCCAUCUUCUAACUGAUACCAUUUGUUCUCCAAAUACUUUCCAGGUUCAGUCCUUAACCACUCCUCUUCUUGAGCUGUAUAAAUUGGAGUCCAUUGAGACAGUGGAGUUGGUAUAAGAGCAGCUAUAUGCCCCACAUAUUCCUGUCUUCCUGAUUCAGCAGCACGCUUAGCUGCACUAUCUGCCAUCCGAUUCCCUUUGGUUACAUCACCAUCUCCUCUCAGAUGCGCCCGACAAUGUAUAAUACCGACUUCUUUCGGCUCCCACACUGCUUCCAAUAGUUGUAGGAUCUCAGCUGCGUAUUUGAUUUCUUUGCCUUCUGAAUUCAAUAGUCCUCUUUCUUUAUACAAAGCUCCGUGGGCAUGAGUGGUUAAAAACGCAUACUUGGAGUCCGUGUAGAUGUUCACUCUUAAACCUUCAGCCAAUUGUAACGCUCGUGUCAGUGCUAUCAAUUCUGCCUUUUGUGCUGAUGUUCCUUUUGCCAGUGGCCGAGCUUCUAUCACCUUGUCUAUCGUUGUUACUGCAUAUCCUGCAUAGCGGAUCCCUUCUUUUACAUAACUACUGCCGUCGGUGUAAUAUUGAACAUCAGGGUUCUGGAUGGGAAAAUCACGAAGAUCUGGUCUACUUGAAAAUACUUCAUCCAUUACUUCCAAACAAUCAUGUUGACUUUCAGUAGGUUGUGGCAAAAGGGUAGCUGGAUUUAAGGUAUUUACAGUCUCUAAAUGCACUCUUGGGUUUUCACACAACAUUGCUUGAUACUUGGUCAUACGGCUGUUACUAAACCAAUGAUUUCCUUUGUAAUCCAACAACGUCUGUACUGCAUGUGGAACUCGUACAUAAAGUUCUUGACCCAGAGUGAGUUUAUCGGCUUCAGCUACUAGCAGGGCGGCUGCAGCUACAGCUCUUAGACAAGGUGGAAGUCCGCUGGCCACUGCAUCCAGUUGCUUAGACAUGUAGGCAACAGGUCUUUGCCAUGAUCCCAAGUACUGUGUCAAUACUCCCACAGCCAUUCUUCUUUGCUCAUGUACAUACAGGUAGAAUGGCCGUGUGUGGUCAGGUAGACCUAAUGCUGGGGCACUCAUCAAAGCCCUCUUCACAUCUUCGAAUGCCGUUUGCUGUUCUUGAGUCCAUAAGAAGGGGUCGUGCUCUGUACCUUUGAUAGCUGCAUACAGAGGUUUUGCCAGUAUCGCGUAGCUGGGAAUCCAUAUCCUACAGAAGCCUGCUGCCCCCAAGAAUUCUCGCACUUGUCUUCUAUUCCUGGGUAUCGGUAUUUGGCACACAGCUUCUUUUCUCUCUGGCCCCAUAAUUCUUUGACCUUCAGAGAUAUGGAAUCCCAGAUAUUUGACAGUUGGCAAACACAACUGAGCCUUCCUUCUAGACACCUUGUAUCCUGCCUUCCAGAGAAUGUGUAGUAGAUCGUGCGUUGCUUGCUGACAUACUUCCUUUGUAACUGCUGCUAUCAACAAGUCAUCUACAUAUUGUAAUAAUACACACUCUCCUGGGAUAGACUCGAAAUCUAGUAGAUCUUGACUUAGAGCUGAACCAAAUAGGGUAGGUGAAUUUUUAAACCCCUGGGGCAAUCUUGUCCAGGUCAUUUGGCGUUUCGAGCCCGUUACAGCAUUUUCCCAUUGGAAAGCGAAGAUACAUUGGCUUUCUGCGGCAAUUCGGAGGCAAAAGAAGGCAUCUUUGAGAUCUAAGACUGUAAAGUAAGUAGCCCCGCCCGGAAUUAAAGCAAGCAGGUUAUAUGGAUUGGGCACGACUGGAUGUAUACUAACAACCGCAUCAUUGACUGCUCUCAAGUCCUGCACAGGUCGAUACUCAUCUGUACCGGGCUUUUGAACAGGCAGCAAUGGGGUGUUCCAGGGGGAAGUACAGAAUUUUAGGAUACCAUACCGUAUGAACUUAUCCAGAUAAGAUUGGAUGUUCUUCUUAGCCUUCUGCGGAAUAUGAUAUUGUCUCAGGCUUACUGGAUAAACCCCAAGUUUUAGUUCGAUUUUAAUAGGUGGAAUAUUGCGGGCCAGUCCUGGUGGGUUGUUCUCUGCCCAAACUCCUGGUAUGUUAAAUAAGGAUUCAUCACUCCUCGGGUUUUGGCUAGUCAACACUGUAUAAAGUCGCCACUCUUCUUCCUUUGGUACGGACAAUGUCAUAAUACCUGAAGGUCCAUUAAACUUUAAGGAUGUUGUUCCAUUUGGUAGGAACGUAAUCUGCGCUUGUAAUUUGGAUAGCAUAUCACGUCCCAGCAAUUGGACUGGACACUCAGGCAUAUAAAGGAAUUGAUGUUUUACUACGUGGCCUCCCAAUGUACAGAGUCGACUUUUAAGAACCGGUUUUUCAGCACUUCUUCCAGUUGCUCCUAUUACAGUAAUAGUUCUUCCAGAUGGAGGAGCAACUAGAUUAGUCACCACCGAAUGUUCAGCACCAGUGUCGAUCAUGAACGCACUCCUUUUUCCCCCUAUUGAUACAUCGACCAUAGGCUCCGCUCGACCAAGGGGGAUGGAGCCCGGUCGGUAUCAAUAGUCCUCCAUGACCGUGUCAGCCAAUCCCACAAAGUCCCUACCUUCUCUAUCGCGGGACCUUUGCUGCUGGAUAGUACCUAUCUUCCCUUACACUUCCUCUGUUCCCAUUACUCCCUCUAUUACCAUUACUCCCUCCGGGGCCUCCUCUACCUCUCGCUCUGCCUCUAAAGUUUCCGUAACCUGCCCUGGGUAAGUCUCUCUCAUACUGCUCUCUUUGCGGACACUCGUUCCUCCAAUGCCCUUCUUCCUUACAGUACGCGCACUGAUUCCUACUCAAAGGCUCCCUAUUCCAUCUACCAUCGCCUCUAUCUGGGCCCCGUCUAUCUACGCCUGCGAUCGCUACCGCUAGCAUAUCUGCCUUUCUACGCAUCUUGCGCUCUUCCUCUUUCUUACUUUCUGUUUCCCUAUUCAUAUAUACUUUGUUCGCUACCUCCAUUAGUUGGGUGAUAGACAUACCUGCAAACCCUUCUAAUUUCUGUAGCUUGCGCUUAAUAUCUCCGUAAGCUUGGCUGACAAAGGCGGAGUUUACCAUUCGGGAAUUAUCAGCGUCUUCCGGAUUAAAGGGGGUAUACAAGCGGUAUGCCUCCAAUAAUCGGUCAUAAAAGACACUGGGCGCUUCAUCACUUUUCUGAAUCACCUCAACUGUCUUCGACAUGUUAAUAGCUUUCUUCCCUCCGGCUUUCAUGCCAGCAAUUAUAGCGUCUCUAUAGGCUUUAAGUUGAGCCAUAUCUGCGCCAUUUACAUUCCAGUCAGGAUCGGUGUUAGGGUAAUGUGUUGCGGCCCAUGCUGCCGGAUUGGCUUGAUUUAAAGCACGGGCUCUCUCCUCUAGCGCCUUAAUGGCCGCUUGGUUAAUCCUUGUCCUUUCCUCAUUAUUGAACAAUGUCAUUAAUAACUGCUGGCAAUCAGCCCAUGUCGGGUUAUGUGUCUGAACUAUCGAGGUGAACAGAUCGGUCAUAGCUUGUGGUUUCUCAGUGUACGAGGAAUUGUGGGUCUUCCAAUUCAAGAGAUCGGUAGUCGUGAACGGGACAUAUACGAAGACUGGGUCAGCAUGUGCCAUUUGACCUGCGGCAUCGAUAUAGGCUGACCCAGGAUUCAGACGAAGAGGCAUCUGAUAAUGUUUUAAUUGUUGGGUACCGGUCAGUUGUCGGGUUAGUAUGGGGCUACGUGGAGGGGCGUCAGUUAAAGGUUCCGGUCGAGAGGUAAUAGGGCAUGAGGAUGUGGGAACUUGAUUUUGGGAAAAGUUAGUGAAUAGUAUACUCCGAGCCGAGCUAGAAGAAGCUUGACCGGAAGUUUGAAGUGGCGCCAAAUCAGGAUAUUCAGAUCUAAUGGGGGUUGGUCCUGGUUCCGGAAGGGGAGUUUUAAUACGAGGGGGGGUGGAUUCUGUACUGGAGGAGGAAGCGGAAGUGGAUGGGGGCAAUAGGGGAAGGGGUGCAGAGCUUCCUGCAUUCGCGUCACUUCCUCUUAAAGGAAAGUAAGGGGGCGGCAAAGGGAUCUCGGACUCAGGGGGCGUGUCCAAAAUGGGCCUAACACCAGUCCUAGUGGACAAACAAGUCCUGGCCACCAUGAGGCGACAUUGCUCCUCGUGGCAUAUCCGGAUCCAUUUUGGCGAGUCGUUUACGGCCUGCCUCCAACAAUCAAUGUAUGGAAACUGUCCGUAAAGUUCAGGCCUACCUGAUACAGCCACGUGUACACGCUGUACCAGGGUUGGAUCCAAACUGCCACGCGGCGGCCAUGCCGCAACCAAAGUAGGCCACUCCCUAGUGCACAAAGUGACCAAACGUACAGGAGACAUUUUAACCCCAAAAUCACAUGUUUUGAAUCCCUUUUUAAAAUUCUUUACCAUACAACCUAAGGGAUCCGAAAUCGUUGACUCUGACGCGCCCAUACUUAUCAAUGGAACGUCGUUGACAACGAAUACUAUGCACGCGUUCUUAUUCAACAGUCACACCCGUUUCCUCUGGCAACAGCACCACGUGGUACAGUUACCAAGUGAAACGUACACAAUAACACAAUAAUCACUCAGGGAAUUCCGGUACACACACAGCUGUUACACCAGUCACUAAAUAAUCAAUAUUAUGCCCUUUGGCGAAACUAUACAGUCACCCACGCUAUAAUUCUCUAUAUAUGAAUUACCCGUCUAUAACACACCCCAGUAACAUCGUCUUUUACUAGUAUCGGUUACAGUACGGUUAGCAUAGGUCAAAGCACAAUUUAAGGUCACAAUACAAUUAUUAGUGGUUACGGUGUUAAACAUGCAAUAGACGACAAUGAUUAGUACUUAUAUACAGUGUCAGUAAAUAUACAGGGUUAUGGUACCGUGCACUAUGAUACAGCAACACACUAUUAACACUCUCGCUAGACGGCUGAGCUCGCGCUAUCUAACAAGAUAUACACUUUACUAACAAUCUUUAACACAUUUACAAUCCCAACUAAACUAUUGGCCAGUACCUUGAAUGGACUACCUAAAACUAUAUACACCCGUUUUUGGUUAGCCACACUGCCCAAACACCACAUAUAGCGAACUAGAGGGCGAAAUUUACAAAAUUGCCCUUCUAGUCUAUUUACUCUAUCAAAAGUCUAGUGGGUUCCAAAUUUACACGCCUUCCCACUUAGCCAAGAUAGGUUGAGAGCUAGCGAACCGAAUUUACACAGGCGCCGCUUAGUCUCCCGGUCCCUCCGACCUAGCGAACGUAAUAUACACCCUAGAACGCUAGUCUAGACAAGACACCGGUGUCCGGCUAGGGCUAUUUACACAGGACCCCGCCUGACUAACCAGAUCAAACGGUCUUACUAAAGAGCGUUCGAUCGAGCGGUGCGCCUUCGCUCCUUCCCUCCGACAGAGGGGGCAGAUUCCAUACACAGAUUUAAACCCCUUUUGGGCCUACCGCACAAUCGGUAUACCCCUAGUGGGUCUGCCGUCUAAAACAGCAGUUGUCUUACCUCCUCGUUCCUGAACCUGAGUUCACACUCAUCGACGGGGACACCCCAGCACUUCUUACGGAGAGGCCGAUGAUCUCCUGGACAACAGACCAGUGGCGCCGAGACGAAGGGAGGUCCACGCAGAAGUUCAGGGGUGCAGCCGUAGAGAACGUGGGCAAAGAUAGACCGUCUCACGCCUCUGCCUCUCAGCUACCGUUGAACGAUGAGCUUCCCAGCCAAUGCACCAAAUGAUACCGGAGAAACUGACGGAAGCAAAGCACAGAGGGAUGGACACAGGUUUCUUCAGGAAGGAAGAGAUUCUUUGUUGGAUCACCGAUCGGGACUCAGAGGGACUAAUGUCACCAAAAAUACAGCAAGUUCUGAGCCCUGAACAAUAGUGCAGGCUCCCUAUAUAGGCACAUAACUCCUCCCAUAUUAAGCUCCACCCGCACAUUCUCUUGACCAAUCAUUACAAAUAAAAAUUAACUUCCUGCUUGACCACAUGGCUUGUCCAGCACAAUGGAGGAGGGGAAUACUACAUCCUGUAUUCUUGCACAUGCUCCGUACACUACUGAUCUUAUCUUGCCUCGUGCAACCAACUGAUCGAUACGUCAGCAUAUGCACGUACACAUGCCACGUGGUAAUCUCGGCCUACUAAAUUUAUUUUUACCGAGAUUCCACCACAUAUGUACUGUGGCUGAUGUGUACUGUGGUCGUUGCUGCCGCCCAGGAGUCAUGGGAGUUAGCGCAGGACUUAUCUUUUUGUAUUUGUAUUCUGCAUUCCUGUUCGGAGAUGUUGGGAUGGGUGUUAAACAAAUCUCAGUUUGCGACAUCAUGCGAUACUUGAUUACAAGUGCCCAACCUUCUGUUUAAAAGACCUUACAGCAGGGGUCCUCAAACUACGGCCCGCCAGGGUCCUGAACCCGGCCCCCAGCACUUAGGGCCACCCGAUGGGCCCUGUAUCUUCAGGGGCCCGGUCAGCGCUGCGGCCGUGCAAUAGCGCGACCGGGCCCCUUAAAAAAUAUGCAGCCGCAAAGUACUGCUGAGAGGAAGAGGCCGUCACUUCCUCCCAGCUCCCUACGCGCGGGAGGGAAGAAAGCCAGGCCGCGAGGAGGGAAGAGCCACGCCGACUCCCAUCAGCCCCGGCCAUCCUCCUGCAAAAAAAGUAAGAAAAUUUAGCUAUGUGUAUGUCUGUGUGUGUGUGUGUGUGUGUGUGUGUGUGUGUUUGUAUGUAUGUAUUUUAUUAUGUAUGUGUAUGUAUUUCAGUAUGUAUCUGUCUGUGUGUAUGAGUGUAUGUAUGUCAGUGUGUAUGUAUGUGUUUGUAUGUCUGUGUGUGUCUGUAUGCAUGUAUGUCAGUAUCUGUCUGUGUCUGUUUGUAUGAGUGUGUGUAGGUCAGUAUGUCUGUAUGUGUUUGUAUGUAUAUCUGUUUAUGUAUGUCAGUAUGUGUCUAUCUGUAUGUCUGUGUGUAUGUAUGUAUUUUAGUGUUUGUAUGUAUGUAUGUCUGUCAGUAUGUAUGUGUUUGUAUGUAUAUGUAUUUCUGUAUGUAUAUCUGUAUGUCUGUGUGUAUGUAUGUAUUUUAGUGUUUGUGUGUAUGUAUGUCAGUAUGUGUCUGUCUAUCUGUGUGUGUGUCUGUCAGUAUGUAUGUGUUUGUAUGUAUAUGUAUUUCUGUAUGUAUGUCAGUAUGUGUAUAUCUGUAUGUCUGUGUGUAUGUAUGUAUUUUAGUGUUUGUGUGUAUGUAUGUCAGUAUGUGUCUGUCUAUCUGUGUGUAUGUCUGUCAGUAUGUAUGUGUUUGUAUGUAUAUGUAUUUCUGUAUGUAUGUCAGUAUGUGUAUAUCUGUAUGUCUGUGUGUAUGUAUGUAUUUUAGUGUUUGUGUGUAUGUAUGUCAGUAUGUGUCUGUCUAUCUGUGUGUAUGUCUGUCAGUAUGUAUGUGUUUGUAUGUGUGUGUGUAUGUAUGUCCUUAUGUGUGUUUACGUAAUACAUAAAUGUCUGUCAUUUCCACUAUAUAUAGGAAUUUUUUAUUUUUUUUUAAAUGUAAAACUAUAGUCCCGGCCCCAGCAGUGAUGCCUGAGGGACCGUGGGAGCACAGCCUCUAUUUAAAAGUUUGAGGACCCCUGCCUUGCAGUGUUGGGGCCUGGAAAAACCCGUAUUACUAAUACUAUAGUGCCCCUAAUAGCCGAGAUACAUGCAUGGCCUCCUCCCAUGAUGGUACAAUACGAAAGUACUCACCAUGUACAUAUCAACCAAUUCCUCAUAGGAAAGCAUUGUAUUUAAUACUUUUCAAUGGGUUCCGUGUCACAUGACUUUCAGAGUUUAUUCAUUUUAGUUCAGAUGAAGAGCUUUUUAGUACCUUGUCAACAGACAACCACUAGAAAGUGAAUUUUGCCCUUUGCAAUAAAAACAACAAAAACACAACAAAUAACUAAAAGGACAGGACCCCCUUAUUGAGCAAAAGUGAUCUGCGUGAUUUUAAUUUUUAAUGGCGGUUUCCUCUCCUGUCAUUGCUGGAGGAUUUUUAUUUAUUUCUAAUAUCAUGGAAUGCAUGUUUUUGAAUUGUAACCAUUGCAGAAUACUAAAAAGGUGUGUAUUAUUUAGCGAAGUUUGUCUAAUUUCACUUUAAGCACAGUGUUCUUUAAACUGCUUGCCUCUGUUGUCUGACUAUGAUAAGAGCAGUCGCCCUGAGCUUGCUGCCUGCCUCGGCUUUCUUUUACCAAAGUGAUACUGAAACAAAAAAAGCUAUUUCCUCAUAUUGUUUGUCUAACAUGCCAUUGGAAUGCAAUGGAUUGUUUUCAGGGACCCGUCAAUGUUGCAUUCACUGCUCAGGCUUGUGCAUGGGGGUACUAUUUCUAUACGGCAGAGAAGCAAAUUAGGAUUUCAUUCUGUGAUCACAGAGGAAAGUAUUGUAGCAUUAUAGAGAACUGUCCCUUCCCAGGAUUUUUAAUAUGCUUACUCUUCAUCCAUCGUUGCUAAAUAUGUGUUUUUGGAGGUCUGAAAAAUAAAAUCUAGAAUGCACACCCCUUUAUUUAGCUCUAUCAUGGAACUGAAGGCUUCCAUCAUGACUCUGUAUCAGUCACUGUUCUAAGCUGUGCCCUUUGCACCUGUCAAUCAGGUAUUUAAAUAUCUGCUUUUUGUUGGCUGUUGUUUAUUAAAGACCAACUAUCAAAGGAGAUAGUAUGAUGGUAAGAUCCUAGAUGAGUCAGAAGAGAUGUUUUGUAUGUGUAUUUCAAUGCAACAUUCUAUCGAAUCCCGACUGUACCAAAUCUCUUUCCAUUUUGUCUCCGUACUCUGCUCUCCUACACAGCUUGCGUUCUUGGAUGGGGCCGAGGCAUACUGUUGACUAACUAGAGCCUUUUGGCUGGUUAUCUUUGUUCUCUUAAUCGGCUAUGCAUGUCUGCUCCAGCCAGACAUCUCCAAAAAUAUACACAGUGUAUAAUACUUCUAUCAAUCUCUGUAAAACAAUCCUGCUGUGGAAGAUUGGUGAUCCAAUAUGUUCUGCCAGAAUUAUUACAGUUACAAGUCUGCAAUUCUUCCCCCACCAUAUCUAUCAAUAUAUUAAAUAAAAGUCCCAAUGGUACUGGGGGCUGGUGGAUUAGUUCCAGAUAAUGCCCAAUGUUACUCUCCUAGAGAUUGGAAAAAUAACCCACGAUAUGCUAAAUAGACAGAGAUGGACUGGAGGUCCUGAUAGGGCGAGUAACACAAAUUAUAGGGAAGGGGAGCUCUACCUUUAAUAGUCCUAAGGAAAAACAGAAAUGUAAGCAGUAAGGGGAGAGCCAAAAAUGGUAUAUGUAUGAGUGUACUUAUAUACAUAUACACCAACACAAAUACCUAUAGGUAUCCAGCUAGGUUAGCUAAGAAAAACAUAGCUGCUAGUGCGGUCUAAGCCUACACCGAACAAUUACCCAGCUAAUAAACAAAACCCAGGUAUAUCCAAAGGUGAAGGACACUAGGGCUAAGAUAAAGAGCCAAACCCCAAAAGAGUUUACACAGCAGCUCCAAACCAAAGCUCAGAUAAGUAGAGCUGUCCCUAUAUCACCUCUGCACCGCUAGUGCCUACCCAAACCUCUCUCCCUUCCUGAUCUUAAAAGAAAGUAAAUAAAUUAGUGCAUAUUACUGCUACCAAGUGGGAUAAGUGUUAAAACAAGACAAUUUUUUUUUAAAGUGUUUUAACACUUAUCCCACUUGGUAGCACUAAUAUGCACUAAUUUAUUUACUUUAUUUUCUUUUAAAAUCAGGAAGAGAGAGAGAGAGGUUCAGGUAGGCACUAGUGGUCAGUCCACGGAGGUGAUAUAGGGACAGAUCUACUCAUCUGAGCUUUAGUUUGGGGCUGCUGUGUAAACUCUUUUGGGAUUUGGCUCUUUAUCUUAGCCCUAGUGUCCUUCACCUUUAGAUAUACCUGGGUUUUGUUUAUUAGCUGAGUAAUUGUUCAGUGUAGGCUUAGACCUCACUAGCAGCUAUGUUUUUCUUAGCUAAGCUAACUGGAUACCUAUACAAGCUUAGCAAAAGAACACAAUAUUCUCAAGCACUGGAUGCAUUUGGUGUCACCAUGUUGUGAGUGAUACUGCUGCACAUGAAAAGCUUUGCUUUUCAAAGGUCUUAAAGGGUUACUCCAUGCACCAUGACCACUUGAAUGGCCAAAGAUAUCAACUUCUGGCUUCUGCAGAAGCAGGAUGUCAUCACUGGUCAUAGAGGACCCUCGGAGCCCAGCAUGGAAGCAGGUAAGUGAUAAAAACUGUUGCAAAGCAAAGGACCAGAGUACUGCUGGCAUCAUAAACACUACAGUGGGCUAGUUGCCAUCCGUAUGUUCUCUAAUGUAUGUAUGAAGUAAUUGUGAGAAAUUACUGUUUUGCAUUUCCAGAGAAAAGAUAUCUCAUCAAUGCACCAAAACCACUAGAUUAUGAUGUAGUGGCUUUGAAGAUUAAUGUCCGUUAUAAUAAAAUAGCAUAACAACACCCACCUUACCUCUCAAAACAUUUAUUAGUUUUUUCCCCACUUUACAAUGUGUGCUACUCUCUUAGAAAUAGGAUUUAUUCUGUUAUAUAGUCUUGCAGAGAGGCCACAUCCUCAGAUGUUAGUAGAUUUAUCUUUAACUGGAUAUUGGAUUAAUAUGUCAUUUGCACUAAGCAAUUCUUAAAGGGACAUCCUAUUUGUCAAUGGGACAUUUGAGGGAAUAUGGUAUCGAGAUUAAUCCAUAUUUGCUUCUGAUGUUUGUUUCUAAUUCCCAUCAAAAGUUGUAAACGGGAAUGAAAUUAAACCUUUUGUGCUCGAUCUGUUACAGGACAUGUUUAUUUAGAGAUUACCCUAUAAUACCCAGGCAGCUGAUAUUCUAAUUCUAAUGUGAAAUAUGUGAUAAGAACCUUCUGUACGAAAGAACUUUGUUUCUCAUCUUAUCAUUGGUGAAAAGUAGACCAAACUAUGUGCUGGUGCCACGGACACUGUGUUUAUAUAGGUAUAAACACUAUCUCCUUAAAUAUUUAGGACUAGGAAGUUUCUUUCUGAACCAGACACAUUAGAUUUUUUUCCACUUUGCAUUUGGCCAAUACAAUUGAGUCUCUCACAUUCAGAGUGCGUAAAGGGCAGUCACUGUGUUUAUACUGUGGAAAACAUCACAACUUAUGAGGUAAUAUAAAGGGAGACGAGGAUGGAAAAAUAAUUUUUGCAUAUUUAUUCCUAAAAUUCCUCCAUGCCCAACAGAACCAGUUCUAGGAUUUAUACCACCCGAGGGAAAAAACAGUUUGACGUCCCUCCACCCUUUAUUGCACAUCUACCUCUCUGCGGCUCUUAUUCUGGUUAACUUAAUUUCUCUUUUCUGCUAUAUGUCUUACUGUCUCUUUCCCUUUUCCAUUAGUCAUUUUUACAAUUUAACUGUGUGCCUGCACUGCACUGUGUUGAAGGUUGUGAAGAAGUCGGUGUGUGUGUAAUACAGUCUGCAUGUGUGUGAUACAUUCUGCAUGUAUGUGUGUGAUACAGUCUGCAUGUGUGUGUAUGUGAUACAGUAUGUAGGUGUGGAUGCUGUGUGUCAUGUGUAUGUCUGAGGGAACAUGCUUCAAACAUGAAAGGCUGCAGGCGGAAACCCACUGGGGGGUUGCAAAUCACAUGCUUCAUCACUAAAAUGAGAGGACACAUUUCCACUCAGGGAUAUCGUUUGAUGUCCCCACUUGUCCAUGCAGAGUCAGCAGUCCAGGCAAUUAUAAGUAUUCAUAUAGCUGCAACAUAAUACACAGCCCUGUACAAUAGGUAAACAUGGCAAACAUUUAGCUGUUAGAAAACCUGUAUGGCAUAGGUACAGUAGGUGAAGCAGGCCCUGCCCAAACAAGCUUACAAUCUAAAGAACAAUGCCUCAUUCUUCUAAUGGUAGCGCUGGCCCUGUAUACAGACCAAUGUUAUCGUUGUAAAUGCAACCUCUGCUGCUCUUAUAAAAUCAGGAGCAGUCUGUCUGUGAUUCACCCUCAUCUCAUGACAAGAACUGCUUUAAUGUUAAUUAACCACUGUUAAAUCAUUUUAGCUUAGCAAGUGUUCAUUAGGCAUGAUGUAUACGUAUUCAGCCAGGCAAUGAAGAUUAUUCCAUCAGUCAUCAACAUAGAUAUUGUUUGCAAGAAAUGUUGGAUGAAGAUAUUGAAACACUGUACUAAGACUUUCAUCAAACUGUGAACUAUAGAGAAUAAAAAACAGCUAAAAUUACAACAUUGGGGGGGAGCAGGAGAAUCUCCAUCUUUACUCAAGUCACAACUUGCUGAUUUUUACCUAGAUUUUGCAAUUUGUUUUUCAAUUCACAAACUUUUAGUAUUUGGUGUAUAAACACCUGUGUGUGUGUGUUUCCUUGGGAUCUAAUCUUGGGGAUCUAAUAGCUAAUCUGUCCCUCCACAUAACAUUUUGUAAAGUCUUUUUGUCUGGAUACCAGUGGGAUCCAAACGUGUUUAUGGUGCUUUUUCCUCAUUGUAUAAACUCGUGUUGUGUCUAGCUUAGAUGGAUAUAAAACCCUGCAGCAGGGCUGUCCGUUUCAUUUAAUAACAAUAGAAUGGAUCUUACAUAAAUCUGUAAUAUUGCCAAGUCCAACAUGGGGGAAAAAAGUUAUGUAAUCACCAAAUCUGUUUCAUCUUGUCUCUCUAUUUCUUGUCAAUUUUCUGCCUACCUUGUUGCCACCAUUCUUUUUGUUUCCCCAUCUUAUAUCUAGCCAUCUUCCUGGGCCUGUACUUAUUAGAAGUCUUAUUUUAUUGACUGUCUCUUUUAUUAUGUUACUGUGUUUUCUGUGUCUCCCCUGCUAUUCUGGUAUCAUUGCUACCAGAGAGCACAAAUGCGGUACAACUACAUACAUACCAUUUACUGUAAUCCAGAAUGAAUUACUGAAACAGGAAUUGACAAGGAAUCGCAACUUUCAAACCAAUAUGGCAGAGCUAGAAAAUAAAUUGUAGGGAAUUUUUCUCACUUUUUGACCAAAAGUGGUGCAUUUGCUUUGGUCAUACCUGUAAGUUGUAACUUCCCUUUAUUCCUGCGCCAGACUGCUCUAUGCAGCCACCCACUCUUUCUUCUGUGACGUCAUCCUGCUUGUUUUGGCUCACCAUCUUCUUGUCCUACCCAAUGCUCCUCGUAGAAGAGCACUGGAGAUGACCUGCGCAUGCACAGCGAGUGCUGCGCUCAUCCAAUCGAAUACUUUCUAUGAUUAGCAUUAAAGGAGGUGACGUGUGUUCUAACAGCAGAAGCACCACUAGUAGUUUUUAGGAAGAAAGCCACUAGAGGCUUGUUAAACCCCGUAUCUACUAAACGGCAAUAUUUGACAAUGCAAGUUUAGAAAGGACCGCGGCACCCAGACAACUUCAUUGAGACUAGUUGGUCUGGGUGUCCUAAGUGGUCCUUUAAAAUAUUUAGUCUGAAAUCGAAGAGUUGGGAAAUAAUUUUAUCAUUGAGUUUAUCACAUUUGUACUCUGUUUACUGUUCAGUGAAUAAACAUCUGUAUUUCUAAUGGUAUCUAUAAUGUACCGGUAAUAAUAUCCCAUUGAUAGUGCUGUAGGAGCAGGGUGUAAUAAUAUCGAAUUGUCCAGCAGGGCAGGAUUUACAGAAUAUUACUUGCUUCACAGUUAAUUAUUCUGUUUUAUUUUCCUUUUCAGCAUUGCAUUUAUUACAUUGCCUAAACAUUUGAUAAAUUGUAUACUUACCCUCAUACUGCCCCCUUCAUGCUUAGAAUUUAAUUUUUAUUGUUUCACAUAGACCUUUCUGUUUUCAGCCAUAAAUCUUGUUAAAAUAACAAAUACAUUUUUGUGUGUCUCUCUUACAGCCUCUGCGGAAAAGGAAGCCAUUAAGAGCAUGUACAGUAAAGUUAUGGACACAUACGGCCUUCUGGGUGUACUUCGACUUAAUCUUGGUAACCUGCUUCAUACAACCUAUGCUUUAUUGCAGUGUUCUGUCUGUCACAAGGUUAUUUAAUGCUCUGUUUAUACAUUCUUACUAAUUCGAACUUAAUGGGGGAUAAUUACAGAUCCUUUUCUCAGUUUCACCUCUUGGCCUUUCUAGUUAGCUCUGCAGGUUCAGAGAACAUGUGCUGGCUGGGAGGAUAUGCUUUAUCAGCAUUAAAAAUAUUUGGGUGUUUCUCUGCCCCCUGGUAAUUUGCAGUAUGGUUUCUAACUCUGUAAUUUUGAGAACUGAAAUGGUAAUUCCAGGAAAACACUUUACUAUAUGAGCCUGUACAAAUGGGAUUAUUAAAGUUUAAAGAAAACUGUUCGACUGUUUUCAUUAUUUUUAGUUACUGCAGCUUGUCUAACAAGGAACUCAUUAUGCUAUAGGCAUCUUGUAACUGCAUCUACCUGCCUUUCUUUCUUUCGCACUUUCUUUCACGCCUGCUCUCUCUCUCUCUUUCGCGCCUGCUCUCUCCCUCUCUUUCGCGCCUGCUCUCUCCCUCUCUUUCGCGCCUGCUCGCUCUCUUUCGCGCCCGCGCGCGCUCUCUCUUUCGCGCCCGCGCGCGCUCUCUCUGUGAACUACAUUUCCAUAUUGACAUACUCUGUAAUUUAUAAUUAUAUUGAUAAAUAAUUUGAAUAACCCUAAAUGAUACUUCUAGUAAGAUUGCUUGUCUAUUUAUAUUAGUGUUAAUAAAUACAGUAAAAUAUGGUACCUUAAACACUCCUUUUAAACAACAUAUAGGCAGUUUUUAAUCCUAUAAAGUUUAUUUCCGUCUGCUAAUGGGCCCUUCAAUCUGUUCCUUUAGAAUUCCUACACUGUAUACUAUUCUGUAUUAUGUUGAUCAUCGCGCUUUUCCUUUUUAUUAUAGGGGAGGCCAUGUCACAUUAUCUAGUAGUAGUAACUGGGUGCAUGUCAGUUGGAAAGAUUCAGGAAUCGGAAGUGUUCCGUGUGACCUCCACAGAGUUUAUCUCCUUGAGAGCAGACCCAGAUGAGGACCGUAUGUCGGAAGUGCGGAAGGUUUUAAACUCUGGCAGCUUCUAUUUUGCUUGGUCUUCAACUGGAGUCAGUUUAGAUCUUAGCCUCAACGCUCAUCGCAGCACUCAGGAUCAAAGGACCGACAACAGGUUCUUUUGGUAAGAUAUUGUGUUUAUUUUGUUACCGCACAUAAACUGGACUGUUAAAUAUCUGUGUGCAAGAAUUUGCUUUUGGUAAUAGUACAUCCCCCAACCUUUCCCCAAGGAAUACAGGCAAAAUAAGUUGGGCAUUAUCAAGUCAAAUAAUGAAAUAGUAGUAAAAGCCAAGGCAAAACUAGAUUGGAUCAGGCACUGUAGUUUUGGGAAAAUGCUUCACUCUGACAGCAUAAGCUUCUCCCAUUAUAUCCUUUCCAGUGUAAUUUAUACUGUAUCAGACAACAGGGAGGGCUGGAAAGGAUGCCAUUAGCAAAAUAUCUUGCUAGUUUAACUCAAACAGUUUCCCACAACCCUAUGGGCAGCUCUUUAACUUAAAUUAGAAAGAUAUUUAUUUAUUGCGGUGUCUGUUUGCAAAUUUCUGUAAGAAUAAGGCAGUAGACAGGAAUUGUGCAAGGCCUUUGCUAGCUCAGUUCUGUGUGGGUUGUGCAAGGGCUGAUGGUCUGCAGUUUCGAUGUCCUCCUGCCUUGCAUUGGCCCACUGGCAUGUUUCCUGGGGACUUCAGUAUCUGAGGCCAACCAGGCUGCCAUUCUAUGUUGAGUAUGUAAGUGUUUCCAAGUGUCCAUAGGGUGAGAUGAGGCAGUGAUUAUGACAUUCAUAAUAUGUUGUUGACAUUAUUGAUGGCAAUGAAGUUGUAGGAAACUGAGUCUGCUUUGUGAGUGUGAGUCAUGCUCCGAUCUCUGUGACAGUUCCAUCACACCAUUCAGGUCGUUGCAGAGAAAUUUGAUGCCACACUUUGCAACUCCAGCAACCUCCAUUAAUGAAACACAUCUCAUGUUCUUCUUGGUUUGGACAGUCAACCUAAAGAACAUUUUUUCUUUUUCUCUUGUAUACAAAAAAAAGCUAAUCCACUUGUACUUGUCCCCAGGCCAAAAUUUGCCAACCCACCUGUAGUCUCAUGGUUAUGGUAUCCGUAAUAUUGUGAUUGUUAGCAGUGGAGAGAGGUCAGUGCUGCCAAUGGUAGAGACAAUGUACUCCCAGGUAGACAACAUUUUGUACAGAGAGCGGUCACAUCCUCUUUAUCACCUAUUAAACUUGUGGUACAAAAAAAAUAGCAGCCUAAGGCAUAUUGUUCAAAAUUGCCUCUAGUGGCGUCUGACUCCCUGAUUGUCAGCCACUAGAGGCAUUCUAAAUAACUAAUGUGAAGAUUGCCAUUUCUCUGAAACGGAUAAUGCUUAAGUUCGUCAGACUGCAGGGACAGCAUCUAGGCACCAAAACCACUAUAUUGAGGUGUAAUUUUUUAGUACUUCGUGUCACAUUUAGACAUGCACAGAAUGAAACUAAGGUUAUAGAUUUUUUUUUAAUUUUUUUUUGUAAUACCAGGGAGUAUUGAUGUUUCAAAUGUUCAAGAAUUCUUUAUGCACCAAACCUUUUGUUUAACAGUUUCUAAUUUACACAGGAAUCAGUCUCUGCAUUUGCACCUGAAGCAUUACGGUGUGAACUGUGACGACUGGCUACUGCGCCUUAUGUGUGGUGGAGUGGAGAUUCGCACUAUUUACGCAGCUCACAAGCAGGCCAAAGCAUGCAUUAUUUCCCGUCUGAGCUGUGAGAGAGCUGGGACCAGGUUCAAUGUACGCGGAACUAAUGAUAAUGGCCAGGUUGCCAAUUUCGUGGAAACUGAACAGGUAAGACCUGCUCGAUAAUGUUGUACUAACUUUUUUUUUUUUCUGUUAUUUUCUUUCAUUUUCACAUUGGUGGAAGAAUUUUUUUUUCUGCAGCUCCUAUUCAGCUGCUGGAGAAUCGAUUGUACUAAUGAUCUGGGGAUCUUUGUGACUCCUGGGUACUGCGAGUGAACGUUAAUUACUGCAGCAAGUAAGCUGCCUGUAAUGAGCCUGCUGCAUUUUAAUGAUAUAAAUUAUUUAAUAUCUCCUCUUAGCCUUUCUUGUGUAGAUUGUUUUCUGAUGUGGUGUCAGAAUGUGAAUUCAAAGAAUGAGGGAUACUACUUAAUCCCGGAGUAGAUCAGACUGUACUAUCCUCUGCCCAGAAUGUAAUUGUGUGGGUAACAAUGAGAGAUUAUGCCCUUGUGUUUGCACUAUACCAGAUAGUGGUGGUUGGCUGGCAACCUACAUGCCAACCUUUACCACAUUUCAGUACUUACAGUUGCUAUGAAUAUGGUGGUUUGCGGAACUGCAGAACGCAACCAUAUAACAUUACUUGAUUUAGGUGGAAGUCCAUUCACUGUUUUAGUGCCUGUGGUCUAGCGUGUGUAUCUGGCAACCCUCAUUCCCAAAACCAGUACAAAACAUGAAAUGGUUAAUAAUACAACUGUGAAUGCACCUUUGUUUUUUUUUCCCUCUGGAUUUACAUGAUGGGAGCUGUAUUCCAAGUUGCAUGUUUAAUCCAGUUGCUGUAGAGUAGAGUGAACUCCCACCAUACCAUGCUGGCAAAAUGCUGGCCAAGUUUGGAGGCAUAUACAGUUUGUAGGACUGGAGAGGCAAUAAGCUAAUGUGCAUUGUGACUCCCAUCAGGUUUAGUGUACAUCAUGGGUGUUGCAGUCUGUCUCUUGCACUCAAGCUGUGGUGCUCUGCACCAGUCAUCAGGCAUUACACCACAAGACGUUUGGUACAAGUUGUACUGGAUAAAACAAGUCUGUGUCUAUACAAUAAGCAAUUGUAUGUCUCUGUGCAGGUUGUGCGAGUGGGUUUAAAUACACAUUUUUAAAACCACUUUGUUUAGGUAGCCACUCUGUUUAGAUACCCACUUUAAGUUCCUGGAUAUUUUCAAGGUAUUUUAAUGUUUGUAUCAGUGCUCCACAUGUGUUUAACAAAAUUGGCCUUUCUAUUGGGUCUUCUGAAUUCAUAAAUGCAUUGGCACUAGAAGGGUUAACAAUGUUUCCACUAUGUUUAACUAUAAUGUUUAAUUGCUUGCUAAUUAUUCUGUUUUUAUUUUAUCACUUGUUAAUUUGUCUAGUUUUAGGGUAUGUAUUCCUGAAAAUUUAACUCUGCAAUUCUGUUUUGUUUUGUUUGUAGUGUUAUUUGCAUAACCCCUAGAGUCCAUACAAUUCCAUAUAUGUGUUUUCUAGAUGUAUCUGUAUAUUUGUGGACAUUUUUCUUAGAGUGCAACUCUGGCUUUAGAUUUAUGUAUGUAACCUGAGCCGCCAAUUAUCCUGGAGGAGAAAUAUGACAUUAAUAUCGUUCCCUAAUCUGUACGAGCUUGCUGUGAAAUUGAAACUGGAAUUCAUAUUUCUAGUGACUUGUCAGUAAAAUUAUUCAAUACAUUUAUAUAAUAACUGUGUAACGAAACAUCAGGCAGAGCUCAAUGUAUGGUUUACACUUCUGAUAACACUGUAUGUUUUAGAUUGGAUUGAGUUCUUCAGUUUUUAUUGCCAUUUUAUUAUUUUCCCAUCAUAACAUUAGUAAUGAAAAAUGUUUAUUCUACUAUAAGGCUAAGCAGUUUUAUUUUUCAUGAUUUCUUUCCCCCACCAAUCUUUUUACUUAUUUCCAUUAGGUGAUCUACCUCGACGACUGCGUAUCUUCCUUUAUACAGAUUCGAGGAUCUGUUCCUCUGUUCUGGGAGCAACCUGGAUUACAGGUAUGUUGAAGAUGGUGGAUUGUCCAAACGUUGUUCCUUAAAGGGGAACUGCUACUUUACAGAAGUUUUCAUAUUUUGUUUACUUCUCUCCUGUAUUUUAUAAUUACACAUUUGUGAAAUGUGAAAAAUAAAAUUAAAUGUUGAAAUCAACAACUCUUUAUCCUGCAACCGGGUGCCUCCAUCUUGGUUCUCUGUCAGACAUUGUUAUAAGCCCUGACUUUUGCAUCUGGCGUCAGCAUAGAGACUUAUACAAGGAAGCGGAGAAAUUAAACCAUUUUAUUUUCCCUUUGUUAUUUGGAGCACUUUUCCUCAUCAUUUUUAUUUUCUUGUUUCUCCUAAAGUAUAGUGUCUUGUUCGUAGCACCCAAGCAGUGAUUUUUAAGAGCUGCUGGCUCCUACAAAUGGGAGUACCAGACUUUGAGGCCUAAAAAGAAUUAUAUAAUUGGUAGCGGUUGGGACAUGUGGUACAACAUAGUGAAUAAUAGCAAGUAAGACUGAUAGAACAUAGUGAUGGCAGCCAGUAACCUAGAUUGAGCUGUAACCAUUUAUAACAUCGCGUGUGUAGUAGCCAGCAAUGCUGAUACAAGAUGGCGUGGUGUGUUUACAAAAUGUAAUAUGUGACUGGUAUAGUUUCUGCGUGAAUUUGGCAAUUGUACAUUCUAAACAUGUCUCUACAGGUUGGAUCUCACCGUGUAAGGAUGUCCCGUGGAUUUGAGGCCAACGCACCUGCUUUUGAUAGGUAUGAAACAUAAAUGCUUAGUUUGUUUAAAUAAAGUUUGGAUGUAUAUCUGCUGGCUUCUGCAUUUUAAUUCAACAUAAUUUGUAUUCGAUAUUGAGUAUAAAGUGGAAAAAUAAUUAUGGAGUAAAGAAACACAAACCAUUAAUUGGUGGGUUUAGAAGGUCAAUAAAUUGACAGUGUUGAAAGAGGUAAGUCAAGGGGUACAGGUGAGAGGGGUAUUUCAGAAUGACCUUUGGGACCAUCAGCACGGUGUAUCCUGUUCAGUCAAAUGAAGGAGAGCAUAACCUGUCAGAAAUAAUAAUACAAGGGGGCGGGGCCUGAGUGGCAUGUAGGAGAGACGUGCAUUGAAGGAGCUCCAUAACCAUUAUGGCAAAAAAGCAGUUUUCUACUUCCACAAGCUUGAUCUAGACUGCACCCAACGACUUACCUUCCUCUUGACCCAGCAGAGAAUCCAUGUGGACGAGAGCUCACAUCGGGCACCACUUGAACCAUGCGGCUGAACUAGCCCCGGGUGGGAAAGGCGGCCGGCCUGGGGCUGCCAGUCGGCAUUUUGCCCUGUACAAGUGCCCUGUUACCCCCCUAUACCCAUUGAACUAGUGUGGUUAAACCCAGUCCAACCCUGGGAGUCUGCCCUGAACAAAUGGGAUCACAGGGUGAAACGACAGGGCAUAGUGCAAACCUCAACAACUCACCCUGACGCCACGCGAACCCCCAACGACACAGGGGAAAAGCAAGACAUAUUUUCCUCAAUGCAGGGCGGCGUACAGGAGGAAGCAAUUGUGGCUCAGUGCUGGGACUCUAAAACAGGCAGAGGUACUGGGGGAAAACCCAAUGGUGGCAUGUGAUGCUACCCAGUGGCAUGCGUCGAGGCCCGGAGGCCUAACCCUCUUAAAGUUGUGGGACUCUGUUAUACGCCAAGUCAGCAUAGGUUGAUCUGGGUCCACUGAGAAAUGCUCUAGGCCCUUCAUAUUACUGCCCUACCAAAGAGUUCACGUGAACAUCCUCUUUCUCUCACCCGCUAAUUCCUCUGGCUUAUUCCCAUUAACAUGCUAUUAGCUGGGGGCCUCCCGGGAAAAUCUUUCUGAUACCUCUCAUGUUGAAUUAUGCCUGUUUAUAUAAAAAAAAAGUGUGCCUUUGAAUAGACAGGUUCAAACUGUAUUACGGAUUACUACAUGUACAACCUGUGUAUUCACGCAUUGUUUUCAACAUGCCUACUCCGUUUAGUAUUAAGCCUGUAACUCUUGUAUUAUCGUUUUCUUGUUUAAAAAAUAAAGUACAGUACCUCAUGACCACUCAUACUGAUGUCUUGUUACAUUAUUUUAUGAUGUAUGUCAUAUUGGCAACAUGUCUUUGAAUCUGCACUGCAAAAAUAAAGAAUUGAAAGAAAGAGAAUAUAAAUUUUAAAAAACCUAGCUUGGCCUAGGUUUUGUCUUGGAUAUCCCAGGAGGUGGACCUAUCCCCCUAUAUCUCUUUUUACAUUGACCGGUAGAGCCAUGUGAUUGUGUAUUUUGUGGUGGUGGUUUUUUGUUAAAGGCAUAUAUAGACCUAAUAUCUUCUGAAGUUUUGCUCAGAUAUAACAUUAUCUGAGGAUAUUCACUUGAAUAUCACCGUCAUUUGGAAAAGUGCAGUUUGCCCAGUCCUGAUGUGUUUUAACACAAGCUAAGUAAUCCAGUUUCUUCUUUAUAACUUCACAGGCACUUCCAAACCCUGAAACGACUGUAUGGAAGGCAAGUAAUAGUGAACUUAUUGGGGUCUAAGGAAGGAGAAGCCAUGCUGAGCAGAGCGUUUCAGGUGAGCUCAAGUAGCAGGAGGAAUAAUUAUAACUAUAAUAAAAGGUUGAGAAAAGUCUAAAACCCCCCCCCCUGAAAAAUCCUUAUUGACCCCAAAGUAACUAUCAAUUGCUAAUCCGUUAAACCAGCUGCUAUCACUUUAUAUAUGUGACUGUUAUCAAUGUCUCCUGCUGAAUGCGAUGAUCAGUAUAUAUCAGCUCCUGUCAUACUGGCAAAUAGAAAGCACGUGAUCACAUAUGUAGCUUCUGUCAUUUUGCUGUAAAGUGAAUGUUUUCUGUCAUUUUGCUUUCUAUCUUUUGCAGAGCCACCUAAAAGCAUCUGAGCAUGUUGCAGAUAUUCUGAUGGUAAAUUUCGACUAUCAUCAAAUGGUCCGAGGGGGUAAAGCCGAAAAACUCCACAGUGUCCUUAAACCUAAAUUCAACGCGUUCUUGGAAGAUUGUGGAUGUUUUUAUCUUGAUAAGAAUGGAGUUCACAGGUUUGUCAGAUUCUUCUUGUUUUUCGUAAAUUAAAUUUUAUUUUUUUUAUGAAUAUUUUUUAGAUGGCAAUAAAAUCUAUAUGUUCCAUAGUGACUAUUCUUCAUGAAGCUUGUCAUUAAGUGUUCUGUCAACAUAUCUGUUAUUGUAUCUUAAAUUUGAUUACCUUAAUUAUUUGCGCUUUUUUUUUUUUUAAUGGUACAAUAAAAUAAGGGCCCCAUUGCUCUCCACAAUUUAUAAGGUUAAUCCAGACUUAAACCCCUUGCUCACGGUGCCUAAAGGGAUGGUGGCUAUACCUCACUUACGACGCCUAACAAGGCUGAAACGAUCGUCUGGGGUUGCUGUAUUUCGGCCUGCAUUUUGGAUUUAGACUGCAUUUUGGCUGGGAUCAGUCUGAUAUCUAAGUAAUUUAGUUUCUCUCUGUAAUGGCACAAGAUGAGUUAAAACCAUGUUGAGAACUGAAUUGUUAAUGCUCAGCAUUCUCUUGUGCCGUGUUUUAGUUUGUUAGGUUUCCUUAACGUCCUGAUUCAUCUUCCAUCACGACCUAUGUUUUAAAUGGUGUUAUGGGCAGAUUUCCUCUCUACAACAUGGCAGCAUCCUUUCCUUUAUUAUGGGCAUGAAUUGAGUGAUUACUGGAUACAGCUCAUAACUCACCUUGCAGCAGGUGUGAAGCUUUGGCAGCAAUUAUUCACACUGACAUACUCACUGCUAGAUCUCCCGACAGACUGACCUGGCAAUCCGCGAUGAAACCGUUUUAAAUCUACUUUUAAAGGGCAUGAAGGGAAACGGUCAUAUUGGUGGAUUAUGAAAUAAAGAAUUGAGUGUUCCAACAAUGACUCUUUAUAAAAUGUCAUAUACACAAACACAUUGGUGGGGGAGAGGGGUAUUUGGCAUCAAACGUGGAUAAAAUAACAUGAAAUGUACAGAUUAAAAUCUUUAUAUUUACCUGAAGCUUGCUUCUCCUCCACCAAGAUGGUCACUGCAGUUGGUCAGACAGCUGACCAUUUGGUAUUUUGAGAUGUUGCAGGAUUAGGCAAGAAUCGUCAUGUUUGUAGUGUUUUUUUGCAAGUAUGGCCAAAAAUGUUAUUGCUGAUUAAAAUGUAAUCCAUGUGUUUUGCUAGCAAUUUGCUCUGUGUAAUGUGCAGGCAAAGUUUAAUUAUCUCCAGUGGCACACCAUGUAAAUUUUGUACUUGAAUAAGGCACCAAGUCAGCAUAGAAUGGACAGAUCUGGAUUAUGUUUUCUGUUAAUCACAAAGACUUGUCACCAGGUAAAACAUGCUGUAACUGUUCAAACAAGACAUGUGCCUUACCCUGCUGUACAAACAUAUCCGUAAAAAGCGACUCUCUCAGAGGCAAAACUAUGUACCCCUUCUGUUACCUACUGUGUAACAUCAUAACUAACUCUUGAGGGGUCUUAUGGGUUCUCUGAGAAAAUAUAUACAACAGCCAUGUUCAGAUACGAGCGCAAGUCUCUUCAUUCGUAAAAAAAUUUAAGUUUGCUGCUGUUAGCUUGAGAGAAGUUCAAUUUGUAUCUUUACGUGAAUUAAACUACUCCUAAAUACUGAUCUGCAAACUGCGAUUUCAUAGCAAACAUCAUAAAUUCAGCGUAUCUCUCGAUUCUGUUUUAUGUAUUUAUUUUUGCUUUUUAAUUAUCUCCAUGUAAAAGGUAGAAUGCAUCCUGGGGUAUCUCUUUAUCACCCCCAUUAAAAUACAGCUUUACUCCUAUUUAUAAAACUUGAUUGGUAACACCCAGAUGGUGUUCGAUUUGAAUUCACUCUUUUUUUUUUUUUUUUUUACGCAUUCCCUUUCACAGAACCCAAAGUGGCAGUAUCAGAACCAACUGCCUGGAUUGUCUGGACAGAACCAACAGUGUUCAGGCUUUCCUUGGGCUAGAGGUGAGGCUUGAAAUCCUAUUUCAUUUAACUGCUCUGUAUUCUCCAAAUAACUGCCUGACCCUGCGCUGAUCCUAUUAUUGGGGAAUGUGGCCAUUGAUUGAAUACCCUGUAAUGUAAGAAACCAAUAUUCCUCUCUGGAACCCAUUUAUCCCACAUUUGGUUUUGUGUUAAGUCUCUUUACUGCUUUCUUUUCGCAAAACCUGAGCCAGUUACAAAGGUGUUUGUCACUUUACUGGGUAGCAUAUUACCCUAAUUGAGUCUUCUAACUAUAUUGUAAUGAAGGGAUGCCAAACUGCUGCCUCCCAGACAUCAGAUUGUAUCUCCCACAAUGCUUUGCAAGCCUACAGAUGUUGGAGAGUUAUGUAAAUGGUUGUCUAACAGCAUUUGGUGGGGCAGUAUUCAGCAACCUGCAAAGGGAGUUUAUGUAAGUAUUACACUUAGUGUGAUCAAUAAUAGUAGGAUGCAGAACGAGUAUUUGCUGGACGGACAGCCAUUAGGUUUAUUUGCCUAAUUGGAAUACGUUUAGUAGCCUAAGAAGUGUUUUUUAUUAACACACCAAUACAAUUACAAUAUGUACUACAGUUGUUCUUGCAGUUUAACCUUUAUCUUAAGAAAGCACAUGUAGUCGAUAUAUGUCAAUAUUACUCUUGCCAUGUUUGUCCAAUAAUUCCGUUGCUAUAAUAACAGUAUUACAGUAUUAAGUGAUACCUUCUUAAAUGAAGUAACAAUACAUAUUAAAAGACCAGCUUUUCAGCGUUACAUCUCGUCUUCAUAGCACAAGCAAUCCUGAUAUAAUGGAAUGUCUUCUAAAAAAGAGAGAGAAUUCUCAAACAUGUCUUUUAAUGUGUAUUGUGAGUAAGGGAUCACGUCAUACUGCAAUGCACCUGUUAUUCUUUAAAUACACACUCAGAAUGUACCGGUUUUCCUUUUUCACUGUAUUGAAUCAUCCACAUUCACUUAAGUUAUUUUAGAUCUCAGGGAGUAAUAAGUCCUAGUUGCAAGAAAGCCGUGGCUUCUAAAAUGUAUGUGUAUAUAUUUAUAUAUGUGUCAAUAACAUAUUCUUAUCACAGGCUCCACAAAAUGUUUAUUCCUACAUAGACAUUACUGGCCCCUAGAAUUUACAAACAUUCAUUCAGAAGGCAUGGUGUUUACAUCCGUUUUCAAGCUUUCGUGCAUUGUUUUGUAUAGGUCAUAAUAUAUAUAUACUUUUUUUUUUUUUUGUGUGUGUGUGAAUAUUUUAACCUUAUAUUUUGUAACUGUUGCAUGCUACCACAAAGUAUUUGAGGCUGUACGCAUGCUUAGCCUCUUCUUUGUUACUUUUGAAUUCAGGGAUUAAGACAUUUAGAUCAAAUAAUUUCUGGAAGCUGCCAGACUGUUAACAAGUCUGUAAAAUUACUAGUUAAUAACUCAUUCUAAAUUGACUGGUGUACCGCUACAUUACACUGAUAAAAAACAAGCUGUGAUGUCUCUGUACACAAAAUGCAAUUUUAUUAAAUGUGAUAGUUUUCUUAAAGAAACACUAUAAGGUCAGGAACAUAAACAUAAAUUACUGACCCUAUAGAGUUAAAACUACCAUCUAGACUCCCUAAAAAUAGUUAAAUCUUACUUGUACUCAAGUCUGCCGCUGCUGCCUCUGCCCCUAAUCUGCCUGCUUGGCUGACAUAAUCAAAAGUGGGAAUCCCAAGCCAAUCACAAUCCUUUCCCGUAGGAUUGGCUGAGACUCUCAAGGAGGCAGAUCAGGGGCAGAGCCAUCAUAUGUCUCAAACAGCCCUGGCCAAUCAGCAUCUCCUUUUAGAGAUGCAUUGAAUCAAUGCAUCUCUGUGAGGAAAGUUCAAUGUACCCAUGCAGAGGGUGGAGAUACUGAAUGGCAGUACUGCACAGUGUACAGCACUGCCCCAGGAAGCACCUCUAAUAGCCAUCUGAGGGGUGGCCAGUGGAUUAAUCCCUAGGCUGUAAUGUAAACCCUGCAUUUUCUCUGAGAAGACAGUGUUUAUUGCAAAAAGCCUGAAGGGGAUGAUUCUACUCAUCAGAACAAAUGCAAUAGGCUGUAGUUGUUCUGGUGACUGUACUGUCCCUUUAAAGGCCAUUUCACCUUGUUUGAAGAAAUUCUAUGAUUUUCUAUAUUGUGCUUAAAGCAGUUCUCAAACAUGUACAUGUAUUCCUACUGUUAUACUAACUUUUUAGAUUAUCACUAUUUACAUGUUAGAAAAUAGUUUUAUUUACAUUUAUUGUCUGUCGCUCCAGUCUCACCAAGGCCACCAAACUUGCUCUGGCUGAGAUCACCAAUACUAAUGAUCUCAAGUCAAUCAACUGCUAUAGGAAAACUUUAUUAUGCAGCAAUAAAAACUGUGAAAAGGCAAUGUUUACACUGUUGAGACCCCAGGGACAGACCUUUUGUAAGUUGUAGUGGUUAUGGGGCAUAUCGGGUCUCUUUAAAUGUAAAGAAAAUAUGUAACAAUGUGUAUUGGAAAGCCCACUCAUGACCAUGUUUCAUUGCUUAUAUGCCCAAGGAACACUUAGUCUGCCAUUGUUCAUAUCUCUUGUUUAGCACCAAAGUUGGACUGUUGAGAUGUGUUCCGAUUUGUUAAUAAAAUUGUUUACUAAUUUUGGAUGUUUUGUUUAGAUGUUAAUAAAGCAGCUUGAAGAUCUUGGUUUGGCUGAAAAACAACAACUUGUGACCCGCUUCCAGGAAGUGUUUCGCUCCAUGUGGUCCACAAACGGCGACUCCAUAAGUAAAAUUUAUGCCGGCACUGGAGCUCUCGAAGGCAAGGCUAAGGUGAGAAACAGAUUAUUUUAUCAGAAAAGCUGACUGUUUCCCAAUGGGUCUAUUAUAUUAAUAUUGUAUAAUGAAAGAUCCUCUUACUUAUUCUGGCUAGUAUACAAAGUAUUAGCUAUUAGAUAUGCAUGACCUUAUUGGUGUUCGAGGUACGGAAUGGUGAUAAACACUGCACUCUUUAAGGCCUUAAAACAGGAGUGACCUACGAUUCCCAUGAUGCCUAGUCAUCUUGUUCUAAAACCCAGAUUCACUGUGAGAAGCUCUCUCAAGGACAUUUAUGCUCCUGGUUAUUUAUCUUGGCUGGUUAUAAUCUAAUGGGCAGAUGACAGUCUUUGUGAUAUACUGUGCAUUAGCUUAUUAAUUGCAUCUCUAAUACUCUAGUGAAAUAUUUUAUCUAAAACAUCAGAACUGAUUGUUCUUUCCCAGUCCUCUGUGCUGCUAUGAACCCCAGACUAAAUCUAUAAAUCUUUGCAAGAAUCUUUUAUCUCUUUAACUGCCUGAACUAAUUACUGACCAGCCAUCUGAAUCUGACUAUUGAAUGCUUUUAUUGUCCUUGGACCGAGCAACAGGAUCUAAAAAGCAACACCCUCCCUUUCUACCAGGACAACAGGCUGGCUUAGAUUGAUUGUAGAUACAGGCUAUAGUUUUCAACGUUGAGAUUGUCUUCUAUGUUAUAUCAUUUUAAUAACUCAAUUGCCAACUAUAUAGGGGUGGGGUGGGGUGGGGUGGGGUGGGGGGUGGGGGGGACCAAAUACAAAACACAAAAAAUAGCAUUGAUAGAUUAAUUGAUCAUCUUUGUAUUGUGCUAGUGGAACUACUAGCAAAUGUAUAUAUCUUAAAUUAAACAAAUCGUAAAAAACAUGUAAUGCCUCUUCUGACAUGUCAAUCAAUUAAUAAUGACUGGCAAAGGUUCAUGGGAGUUUUGGUUCUUUAAUAUUCCUUCUCUAUGAUUACCAGAAAGUUUUGUUUUAAGUGACAGGUCGCUCUGUUUACUGAAUGGCUUAAUUCAUUAUUUCUCCUAUGUGAAUACAUACAGCGUUGCAUUGCUUCAGUUUUUCAUUUCUUGCUUUAUCACCUUCCCUUUCUCUCUUUCUCUGUAUAAAAUGGAGAUAUUAUGAUAUUUUCUAACAUCUUAUCUCUUGACUGCUUUCCUCCUGCCUUCUCUUGGGGCCUCUUCAAAUUAAUGUGUGUCUGGUGAGUAUUUAUCAUCCAGUAUCCGGUGCCAGUGGUCAGCUGUGCAUGUUUUACUGGUGUAUAAUAGAAUGUUAAAGUCAAAAUAAACCAACUGUGUCCCCCUUAUGCAUAAUCUAUUCUAAAAUAAACAAACUAAAUAAAUGUAAAAAAAAAAAGAAAACUGGCAAAUGGUUGUGGGUCUCAUGUAAAAGAUCAAACAAACAGAUAAAAGCUAAACCAUUUAUUUAUUUAUAAUUCCUAGUAUCCUAAUCACCUGAAGUGUAGCAUAAGUAAUCAAAGUACCAUUUUAAGUGUCAGAUGUGUGCAAUGCAUUCUGGGUACAAAUAUGGCAUUCAGACGGUUCAGUAGAAUAGAAUGCCCAACAUCCUGGCAAUCCUUGCAUUGUGGGACACAGGAGAAUGGGAAGGAUUAAAAUCACAUGCUUAUUGACUAUAGGGAAAACAGAUGUGGAGAUAAGUUCCUGUGUGUUUACCUUGCUAUUUUGUGUUUGUGUUGUCACAGGCUGGAAAGUUAAAGGAUGGUGCAAGGUCAGUAACCAGAACAAUCCAGAGCAACUUUUUUGAUGGCUCCAAACAAGAAGCAAUAGAUGUUCUGCUUUUGGGGAAUACCCUGAACAGUGAUUUAGCAGAUAAAGCCAGGGCCUUGCUAACCACUGGAAGCUUACAUGGUAUGUGUGUUUCAUUUAUCAUAAGCAUGUCUAAAGUGUCCUGGUGCUUCCAUUCACAGUGUGGAUCCAUGCACUGGAUCGAUCAGGGGCCCCCGGGGUCUGGGACUGAAAGCAGUCUUCCUGGUCUAUUUUUGAAGAGUUGUAUUGGAAAUGGAGAAACAGAAUUUUGUUUUGUUUUCUCUAACUCUUUUUAUGUGCGCUCUAAGUUGACAGACAGGUUUAAUGUGGGGGAAAGGGGGUGCUCGUUUGUGCUCGUAACAGUGAUUAACAGGCACUCCAUUUCUUGAAUAGAUGUAAAUACAGCUUGCAGAUGACUUCUGGUAAUUUUUUAUUUUCACACUUCACAAAAACAUAUUGUUUGUUGUUUUUUUUUAAUGGGAUUAAGUAAACAUAGUACAGUAUUACAGAUCCUGGAAAGUGAUGGUCUCUCUUUUUAAUAGGAUUAUUUUUUAAUUAUUGGUUAUCACAUACAAUUACAUAGAAUUUGACGGCAGGCGGAUAAGAGCCAUUUGGCCCAUCUAGUCUGCCCAAUUUUCUUAAUACCUGCAUUAGUCCCUUAUCUUAUAUCUAGGAUAGCCUUAAGCCUAUCCCACGCAUGCUUAAACUCCCUCACUGUGUUAACAUCUACCACUUCAGCUGGAAGGCUAUUCCAUGCAUCCACUGCCCCCUCAGUAAAGUAAUACGUCCUGAUAUUAUAUUUAAACCUUUGCCCCUCUAAUUUAAGACUAUGUCCUUAUGUUGUGAUAGUUUUCCUUAUAUUAAAUAUAAUCUUCUCAUUUACUGUGUUGAUUCCCUUUAUAUAUUUAAAUGUUUCUAUCAUAUCCCCCCGUCUCGUCUUUCCUCCAAGCUAUACAUGUUAAGAUCCUUUUCCUUGUAAGUUUUAUCCCGCAAUCCAUGAACCAGUUUAGUAGCCCUUCUCUGAACCCUCUCUAAGGUAUCAAUAUCUUUCUGAAGAUACGGUCUCCAGUACUGUGUACAAUACUCCAAGUGAGGUCUCACCAGUGUUCUCUACAAUGGCAUGAGCACUUCCCUCUUUCUACUGCUAAUACCUCUCCCUAUACCAUCAAGCAUUCUGCUAGCAUUUUCUGCUGCUCUAUUACAUUGUCUGCCUACCUUUUAAUCAACUGAAAUAAUUACCCAUAAAUCCCUUUCUUUAGAUGUUGAGGUUAGUGCUGUAUCAAAUAUUCUAUACUCUGCCCUAUCUUGCGCUUGUCCACAUUAAAUAUCAGUUGCCACAGCUCGGACCAUUUGCAUGAAAUGCAAAGGAAAGGUAUAAAAACACAAAGUAAUUCUAUAUUUUAUUUAUAGUGCUAUAGUGUUCUUCUCUGCCUUUAGUUUAAGAGCCAACCCAAUCUAAAUAAAAAAAUGGGGGAAAUGGGUUUUGUUCCCUUUUUUUCCAGUGUGGAGAUCCAGUUCCUUCAGCCGCUUGAUCCGCCUCCCUUGACAUCAUGCAGUUUUUGUUUUUGUCCAAUCCAAUAGUCCUAACAGGGGAGAAUUGGGGAAGCAAAGUGCAUGCAAGUCCAGCACUGCGCUUCUCCAGUGAAAUGGAAAUUAGCUGUGAGAACAGAGUUUCUCCUUUUUUCUCAGCAGAAGCCCCACUAGUGUCUGUUAGGAAAUGUAAGCAUUUCUGUAUCUAUUAAACAACAAUGCUUUACUUUGCAGAUUCAAACUAAAGUGCCAUUGUCCCCAUUGUCCCCAGAUCACAUUGACAUUGAGUGGUUUGGGUGCCUAGUGGUCCUUUAAAGGUAUAUUCACCAACUGCUGAACUGGCUUUUUCAAAUUUGUUUUUUUAUUUGUCUCAACACUCCUGCAUUUGGUUGUUAAAAUUUCUCUGUGGUUUUACUGUAUUCACUAAACCAUACCAAAUAAAGCCAAAUGGAUCCCUGCUAUUUUCAAAUGGGGUUUCCCUGCUACAAAAAAAGCCAUAAAUGUAAAUCCCUCCCUUCUCAGCUGCUGGGUAGGUCUAAGGGGUGGUAGGGAUAAUAUUGUAUGUGUGCUGCUGUAUUUUUGUUGGUGUAUGUGUUAUUAUAAUUGUUAGUGAAAUUGUAGUUUAGUGUAGGUUUGUGUGUGUUUCUGGAAGUGAGUGUUCGCAAGUGUCAGUGUAGAUCUCUGUAUGCGUUUUUGUGUUUGUCCAUGUACAAAUGUAAACUUGUUUUUAAGUGUUUGUGUGUGUGUUCAUGAAUGAGCAUAUUGCUAAUUAGGUUGGCGUAUGUGGCAAGUUAUGUACGUGUGCGGAUAGUUAUUUAUGAAUGUGGCUAAUUACACGCAUGUAAAUGGACAACUCUGUCAGAUGAAAUGCUAACUUUGCUAAUUAUGUGUCUGUGGCUAGUUAUGUAUGUGUUUGUGUGAAGUAUUCAGGUUGGGACCUCUUACAUAUUUUUUCACACAUGUCCCUGGAAAUGAUAAGGAUGGUCCGAUUAUUCGCUUUCUCCUUUUUACAUCAUUGCGUACUUAAAAAGUAUGGCUGACGUUGGAUUUUAUGAUAUUCUAUUAACCAAAUCUCUAUCCUUUCUCCUCUGCUGCGUCAUCAGUCUCUGAACUCAUGUUACAAUCAGGUACAGUCAUUUUAAUUGUUGAUGGCGAUAUAAACAUUCUACAUUUGCCAUUCAUCUCUGUAUAUCUUAGUAACCCUGUUAUUGCUAGCACACAAUGAACCGCUGACAAAACGAGCAGUUAAGUCUUCUUUUUGCCUUUUGUAUUUUUUACCUCACAUUUUUAAAGUAUCCCUCUUGUUAUAGUUUCAUCAGUGCGUUUAAUGAGUUUGUAAAGAUUAGUUAAUUAAUUGAGACAUUUUUCUUGAUUUAUAGCUUCUCCCAGAGUCCUACGGAGCAUGUGUGAAAAUUAUUACAGAUAUUCGAAACCCAGAAAAAUCCGAAUCUGUGUUGGGACCUGGAAUGUCAAUGGUGGGAAGCAGUUCAGAAGUAUUGCAUUCAAGAAUCAAACUCUAACAGAUUGGUUGCUGGAUGCUCCAAAGAUUGCAGGGAUUCCAGAGUUUCAGGGUAAAAGAUAUAUUAAAUUUUUUGUCUUAAACUUAUCGGACGUUGACUGCUUACCUUGGUUUCUAUAGCUUUUUUUUAAUUAUGAUACAUUAUGUGAAAAAGUAGUCCACAAUAACUGUAGAUAGCAUGGCAAAAAGCCAACCAUCACUGCUAUUGCCUCCUUCCUUGACACCACUCAAUUAAUAACUCAACCUUUUUUAUUUUGUCACUUUGUUACUAAGAUGUUGUCUAUCUUCAUGGCCAGUUGAAGACUACACCCUAAUCAAUCAGUUUUAAAUUAUAAAUUAUUCUCAUGCUCAUUCCAGCACUUGUUUUGAACAGUUUAACCCUGAAUUAGGGUCCCUGACUUAACUGGAGGUAGGGAUAAGGUAGAGAUUACAGACUUCUUCUAGCCAUACUGGUUCAUACCAGCAAUGGCACUGUAUUAGACUGAAUUCAGUCAGCUUACACUCUCAGCCAAUCACUGCUGCUUAGGCAAAUGCUUCUUCCAGCACAGAGGGACAUGCUUGCUUAGUGUUAAACCAUAAAACCCAGUUUAACUCUGAAUGGAAGGACAGUACCAGGGGAUUGCAGAAACUAUAACACCUUCAAUGAGAUGAAGCAGUGACAGUGCCUAUAGUUACAUAGCUGAAUAGAGACUUGCGUCCGUCAAAUUCAGCCUUCCUCACAGUUUUUGCUGUUGAUCCAAAAGAAGGCAAAAACCUAGUCUGAAGCGCUUCAGAUUUUGCAACAAACUAGGAAAAAAUUCCUUCUUGACCUUAAAAUGGCAGUCAGAUAUCUCCUUGGAUCAAGCAGCUAUUAUCCCACUAAUUAAAAAAUUAUAUCCCUGUAUUUUAUGUUUUUGGAAGUAUUUAUCCAAUUGCUGUUUAAACAUAUUUAUGGACUCUGAUAAAACCAACUCUUCAGGCAGAGAAUUCCACAUCCUUAUUGCUCUUACUGUAUAAAAACCCAACAACUUUUCUUUGCCUUAGAUGAAAUCUCCUUUCUUCCAGCCUAAAUGCGUGACCUUGUGUCCUAUGUAUAGCAAUGUUUAUGAAUAGAUUUCCAGAUAAUGGUUUGUACUGGCCCUGAAUAUAUUUGUAUAAUGUUAUCAUAUCCCCUCUGAGGCGCUGUUUUUCCAAACUAAAGAGAUUUAAAUUUUUUAACCUUUCUUCGUAACUAAAAUACUCCAUUCCUUUUACCAGUUUUGUAGCUCGUCUCUGCGCUUUUUCUAGUUCCAUGAUAUCCUUCUUUAGAACAGGUGCCCAAAAUUGCACAGCAUAUUCAGUCCCCCAAUCUAUCUAAAUCCUUCUGCAGCAAAGCAAUAUCCUGCUCACAUUUUCUUACUUUACAAAGUUGUGUGUCAUCUGCAAACACUUAAAUAUGGCUUUUAAUGUCUAUUACAAGAUAAUUUAUAAAUAUGUUAAAUAGAAGCGGUCCCAAAACAGAACCCUGAGGGACACCACUUACCAUUAAUGACAACUUGUUGUACUCUAUCUUUAAGCCAAUGUUCUACCCAAGAACAAGAAUAUUCUUCUAGACCAAUUUCUUUUAGUUUGAAGACUAACCUAUUGUGAGCAACCGUACCAAAUGCCUUGGCAAAAUCCAAGUAGAUCACAUCCACUGCAACACCCUGAUCUAUACUUCUUCUUGCUUCUUCGUAGAAUGCAAUUAGGUUAGUUUGACAUAACCUAUUUUUCAUAAAACCAUGCUUAUUACAAAGUUCUUCCCAAUGAAUUCCUGAAUAUUAUCCCUUAAUAACCCUUUAAAUAUUUUCCCAGUCACAGAAGUUAAGCUCACAGGUCUAUAAUUUCCAGGCAAGGAUUUUAAACCCUUUUUAAAUAUAGGAACGACAUCUGCCUUCCUCCAAUCCUCCGGUAAAAUUCCUGAAACAAAAGAAUCUUGAAAGAUUAAAUACAGAGGUUCCCUUAUUUCCCCUCCUAAAACUUGUCACACCUAUAACAAGUUAAUUUUGAGCCGUUGUCAUGUGAAAUUGUGUUUCCUUGAUCAUCUGAAAUGUGUAUGGCAUUUAAUGGAAUCUCACUGCUACAAAUUUACCACCCUUGGAGAAUACCACCAUGCUCCUUCUAUGUAACUUGCUGAUAAGAGAGCAGAUCUUCAUGUCUGAGCAGCAGAACAUGAAUUGCUGGGUAACAUGGAGCAGUCUUGGGCAAGAUUUCAAUAGGUUCAGGUGUAAUUGCUUCACUUUUUGAACUUUCAAACUUUCAUGAAAGUUGCCCUCUAAAAUUUGGCUUAGUGCAUCAAGUAUCUGCAUUGCCUAUCCAAUCCAUUUUUGAGUUUCGUUUUGUAGGAAUUUUUAGGAAAUGUUAAAUAUCGUUGCCUGUGUGAUGUCCCAUAUGACGUGCUGUUGGAUAGUGGAAAGCAAAACUAUUUUCUUGCUUUCCUUUACUAUAUAUAUCUAAACCAUAUUUUUUACUUUUUAGAUCGACGAAGCAAACCAAUUGAUAUCUUUGCUAUAGGAUUUGAAGAAAUGGUUGAGUUAAAUGCAGGAAACAUUGUGAAUGCUAGGUAAGUAGAAUAGGGAGAUUGAUGGUGUUAGAUAAAUUAAUAUAUAUUUUUGUUAAUGGUAGAAAUUAUAGUAAUUUCCAAGAAACAAAAUUGUGUUUUGAUUUAUUUUACAAUGCAGGGAGAAUAAAACUCAAUAUCUAUUUUUUAUUUUUUUGUGUGUGUGUGUUAGACCCGGGUGGUGUAGUUGAUUAGAACCCCUUCACUACUGUUGUAGAACUAAGUUUGAAGAUGUUUUGCCAAGCCUUAAGGCAUCAUGUUAGUUUUGUUAAAACCCAUCAUGUUUAACUCAAUAUUCCUGUCUAGCAUGCAUUCAGCCUGACAGCUGUCAGAGACCUGUUCCUUGAAUUUUCUAGCUAUUCUCUCUGUAGUGUUCACUUCUAUGAUUUGUGGCAGAGAAAUUUGAAGGCCACCGAAUUAAGUGACCAAGCUUUUUCAGUGGAAGGGAGAACACACUAGACAUGUGCAAAAAUUACCAAUAAAUGGUGGACAGCGCACUAAUCACCAUUUCCUCAUAGAGAUGCAUUGACUCAAUGCUUGGCAUACAUAAGCUUUUGUUUGAUUAUAAAUGGAUUAGAUGAGUCUGUAGGUUUGGCGUUGUGAGCCAUAUUACUAUGGUUUGUUUAUACAGUAAGUCUGCCAUUGUUGAUUGUUGAUGGACUAGGAAAUAAUCAGUGAGUGAAACAGGGUAGAUAACAAAAUAGGAGGCUUAUUUUUUCUUAGAUGAGUGGAAAUGUAUCAAACAAAAAUCUUUUUCCAUUUUUUUAAUUUUAAUGUUUGUAAUGCACCUAUUAACCUUUUUGUUUUUUUUUUUUUUGUUUCCAGCACAACCAAUCAAAAGCUUUGGGCUGUAGAACUUCAAAAAACCAUUUCCAGGGACAAUAAGUAUGUUCUUUUGGCCUCUGAACAGCUUGUUGGUGUCUGCCUAUUCAUCUUCAUUAGACCUCAGCAUGCUCCUUUCAUUAGGUAGGUUUGCACUAUUUGCUUGAGUUUUUAUAUUGCAGUGAAUGUCUUGAAUGCAAGUAUCUGGUGAUCUUCAGAACCAGUGAGAUGGGGCACAGGCUGACCGCAGAGGAAGACGUCUGAUCGUACUUUUCUGAUGUCUUGCAAUUCAAUACCCACAGCGCAGGUGUACAGCAAGUAUUUUUGAUGUAGAAUAUCCUGACUGUUACACACUUGUCACCCAUUCUCGUGACUGUUUGUUACAGGGAUGUUGCAGUUGAUACGGUGAAGACUGGAAUGGGAGGAGCUACAGGAAACAAAGGCGCCGUAGCAAUUCGCAUGCUAUUCCACACAACCAGCCUGUGUUUUGUCUGCAGUCACUUUGCUGCAGGGCAGUCUCAAGUCAAAGAGAGAAAUGAAGAUUAUAUGGAAAUAGCCCGUAAACUUAGUUUUCCAAUGGUAAGUACAAAAUAAGUUAAAAUUACUAUAUAACCUUUUUGGAAUAAUGGUUUAUGGAGUUCAAACAGAUGGGUGACCCAACGUGAAAAUACAUUCUAUAUUACCUUAUGACAAUAUUAUUUCGGCUAUAGAGAUAUAUAGCUAUAUCAGAUAGUAGGAUCAUAGAAAAAGACUCCCCACCUCCCCCCCAAGGAAAUAGAAGACACUGCUGCUCCCCAUAGACAGGUAACUGUAAUGCAAUUAAGUCACAAGUGUCUAUACUGGAAGUAUCCCAAGGGGAAGCAGAAUAUUUAAACCACAAAUUAGUCUCUUAGCAGAGAGAAUAUGAGGGCAGCAGAUGUUCUUUGAAAUCUGUUCCUCCUACGUUCUGCGCAUUAAGCUCACACGAAUAACUAUUCCUGUGUAAUCAUACCAUUUCUUACACUAUUGAAACAUGUUACAGGCCUCCUACAGAUUUUCUUUCCUAUAAUCUGUAUUUUAAUGAAAACACGUUUGCUGCUGACUGCCACACCUUUUCUUUUUAUUGCCCCAACUUGAUUUUUUCAUAUCUUCAUAUAUUUCAUCUUUAAAAGUGGAGCAUUUUUUGUUUUGUUUUGUUAGGGAAGACUGCUGUUUUCUCACGAUUACGUGUUUUGGUGUGGAGACUUUAACUAUCGCAUUGAUCUACCAAACGAAGAAGUUAAAGAAUUGAUCCGGAGCCAGAACUGGGAUUCUCUGAAUUUAGGAGACCAGCUGAUUAAUCAGAAGAACAACGGACAGGUAUUAAGACACAUAACUGUAAACUUUCUAUUAAAGUUGAAAAUAAAAUGUAAUUUACUUGCAGAUUAAAUUGCAAAUGAACAUAUUGCUUGAAAGAAGUGUAAUUGAUUUUCAACAUUUAUUUGUGAGACAUUUGUUGUUUUCACUGGAGAUGUCCUGCCAUCGGGGGGAGGGGAGUGGGCAAGUAAAGGAGUAAGAUGGCCACGUAUGUAUGUACUUUUUAUUUAUUUAUUUGACUUCUCAAUGCAGGUUUUUCGGGGGUUUCUAGAAGGAAAAGUAAAUUUUGCGCCUACGUAUAAAUACGACUUAUUCUCAGAUGACUAUGACACAAGUGAGAAGUGUCGUACACCAGCGUGGACAGAUCGCGUUCUCUGGAGGAGAAGAAAAUGGCCGUUUGACAAGUCAGGUGAUUUUAAGGUUUUGGGAUUCCCUUUUUUGCAUACUGCUUUCAUAUUGCUAUCUAGUCUAUCUGGAUAGUUAAAGGUACAGUUUAGGUCUUGAUUGGGCAUGGAACCAAUAAACUAUUAGCUAACCUUGUGAGCGAACAAUGACUUUUCAAUGUACUUCUUUGUUUAGGUUUACUACAACUGACUUUAUCUGCCAUGGUAAAAAUAUGUCCUUUUGGAGUUCCAUACCUGGGAACAUUGAAUUAUCAUUUAUCGGUCUGACGAUUAAAGUAUCUCCAAGGAUGAAUUCAAUAGGGGGGGGGCAUGGUCAGGAAGCCAUGGGGAAUUUUCAUAAGGUUGUUCUUGUGAGCGAAACUGCUUUCCCGACCUAGAGAAGAAUUCAUGUGUACUGUAUAUGUCCAUAUAGUCAGAAAUCCUCUUUACAUCCUAGGCCUUGUUUGUUUGUUUUGUAGCUGAAGAUUUAGAUCUCCUGAAUUCAAGCCUACAAGAAGGGAAUAACGUUCCAUACACAUGGAAUCCGGGCACAUUGCUGCACUAUGGCAGAGCCGAGCUCAAAACGUCAGAUCACAGGUACGUAACCUAGACAUGUGAGAUUGGUAUUUUUUUUUUCUUUUUCAAUAUGUGAAAACAAAAAGGUUUAGAGUUAAAAAUUUUACCCAUCUUGCAGGCCUGUUGUUGCCCUCAUCGAAGUUGAUAUAUUUGAAACCGAAGCAGACGAGAGGCAAAAGAUCUAUAAGGAGGUGUUUGCGUCCCAGGGGCCCCCUGAUGGCACAAUAAUGGUCUCCCUCCAGAGCAGCACCCCAGAAGAUAAUUAUUUUGAUGACAGUUUAAUUGAUGAGCUGCUCAAUCAGUUUUCAGGCUACGGGGAAGUUAUACUAAUCAGGUAAGAGAUGCCAUGGUAAAUUUCCAUUUUUAUUUAGAAAUAUUGUAAGCUAGCCUUUUCGUGUAAUAAUGGAUAAUCCUAGCCAGGCCACGAGGGCAGCUAACGUUACCCAUGUAGAUAACAUGGUCAGUAAUCUACUAACCAAAGAGGCCAUUGUCCUUGGUAAAAAUGAGAUCCAGGCCCAUAAAGGGUUAAAGGAAAAAAUUUGCAAAUUGCGGGUUUGGCUUGCAUGGCUUUUACAUCAGUUUUAUGCUGCAAUAAGGGACACGUGAAAUAGGUUAUUGAUAGUUUAUCUCUAAGCUAUCACUGAACUCACCAAUUUUCAAACAAUCCGAAUUUUCCAAGUUUAGGACACAGAAGAACCACAGUUAAGUAUUAACAGACAGUCCUCUUUCUGCAGGUUUGUGGAUGACAAAAUGUGGGUUACAUUUCUGGAAGGAAGUUCUGCUUUAUCUGUUUUGGACUUGAAUGGCACGGAGGUAAUGUGAACAUGUUUGUUUAUGGUUAUAUAUUUAUUUUAGAGAACUAGUGAUGUAGCUUGUAUAGUAUAGAAAGGCUGCACUCUCCUAAACAUAAAUCCUUCAUAAGGGUGCCGCUGUAACCAAUAAAUAUUGCAAACUCGAUAGAGCGCCCUCACAUUCAAACUAGCUUUAGAACCCAUAAAAUGUUAAAAAAUAAACCUGACCUGGGUAAAAACAAAAAUGGGGAUUUAGUUACAGUAUGUGAUCACAGAUUGUAUAAUCCUACCACUAUUUACAGACACAUAUUCUAGACAGGUCCUACUCUUUACUGUUUACCAACCUAAUGAAGUUAACCUAUUUCUAUUCGAUUCAGAGAAGAGUGAGCAUUGUAUGAAAUAUCAAAUAUGUCCAAUAUAUGCAAUAUCACUCUCCCCAAUAGUCACAUUUGGAGAAAAAGCAAAGUGUCUAAUACAUUUAUGAUAAAAACUAAUGUUUUCCCAGUGUCCGCACGUCAUAUAAUAAAUUAAUUAUAAAUAACCUAUCAUAAUGAAAUUAACUCUGAUUAUUAGUGACAGUUUGUGAGUUGGUCUACGUUAUAAUUCUAAUGUCAAACUCCUCAUAAACCUGUAGGUAUUGGGAAGACCAAUCGGCAUCCAGUUAAAGAAUCCAGACUGGAUCCUGCAUUUAGAGGAAGAGAUAAAACUGGAAAAGAUCAGCCUGUCAAUGCCGUGUUCCACAAGUUCCACACUGCUUGCCGAAGAUGUAGACAUCUCGGGAGAUUUUGACAUGGAAGGUGAGCUAUCAUCUGCAUCUGUUUGGAAAUGAAAUGGCACGGUGUGAUUCACUGGUAGAAAUUAGAUGCCAGUGCUUGAGCUUCUCCAAGAGCUGGCUAGGAUGUCUCUGUUAAAGAGGUAUGUUUACUAAACAGCAGGUUUUGAUGGGCUUAUGAAUAAGCUGCAACAUUUAGAGUACACAAUGUUUUUUUUAAGAAUUUCGUUUUAUUCACCUAUUGAAUAUGUUGCGCUAUAUAAAUAAUUGUAAUUGAAUUUAAGCCAAACUAGCUACAGAGCCUUAUAGCCACUGCAUUGGUUCUAGACAUUAUCUCCCCUUUCAUGAUGUGAAUUUAGUGGAUAACAUUUUGUGAAAGGUCCUAAGCUGGUAACGUUUUCGCCUGGUUUUCAAAGUAUAAGAUUACAUCGGUAUACGUUCUGAUGCAGGGCUUUUGCUUCCGGUGAGUCCAUCGGGCAUGUAUAGUUCUAUAGCAGAGGUAUCAUUUUGACACUUUGACAGAUUGCCUUCUUGCCCCAACAUACCAGAUCGCCACAGAUUGGUUGCAUGCCUUCUGCAGCUAAACUGUUAAAACAGGCUUUAAUGACUAUUGAUACAGUCAGCCUUGCAAAUACCCACAGACAUCAAAAGUAGGAGAGGUGGGAAAUGAUUAUACCAUAUUAUCGCUGCCGGGGUGAGUUCUAGAGAAAUCAGAGCUAUAGGAGAACGGUCACCUCAAAACUAUUUAUAUAUUAAUGCUUUCAUCAAGUAUUGAAAGGAAAUAGGUUGUUGUUUUUAAAUCAAAUAUAUGUGAAAAAUUUGAAAAACCCAUCCCUACAUUAGUAUAUGACAGGAUCCUUCAGCCAUAUACACACACCUUGGGUCAGACGGUGUUUGAAUGUGAUAGUUGUUCAGUCUGAUGAUGUCACUGCACUGUGCAGGGAGUAAAGCAGGAAGAACAUAGACUAUAUAAAGGGUUUUCAAACAUUGUCUGACCCAAGAUGCACGUCUAUGGCUAUUUAUUUAUUUUUUGUUAACAUAUACUUUAUUUAACAUUGAAUCUGUUUCCUUUCAAAACUUCAUGAAAGGAUCGGUAUAUUUAAAAAAAAUAAAAAAUAAAAAUAAAAUGUUGAGUUUACAGUUGUCCUUUAAAGAAAAGCUCCUGUUGUAAUUUUCAUUCAUGCUAUUUUUUUUUGUUCAGAAUUUCUCCCUCUUCUGUUCUCUCCAUUUUACUCUGAAUCAGUCUUUUUUUUUUUUUUUUUUUGCUUGUUUGUUUUUUAUUUUUGUUUUAUAUCAUUUUUAAAUGGUGGUAAAAUUUGAGAAUAUCAUUGGUAUUCUUUUGCUAUAUCAGUUCAAUAGCAUGUUUUUGUUUUUCAAAUUUGAAAUGUAAUCAAACCUUGCUCAAAGCAUGAAAAUGCGCUCUUCAAUGCUUUGUGUCAAACCGAAUUUAGACUUUUUAUAUUUUUACUAUUAUUAGUGGAAUAUAUGUAGCGCUAACUUAUUCUGCAUCACUUUACAAUAAUACAAGAGGGGGAACUCGAAACAAUAAAUUAGACAAUUACAAAAUGUGCCAGGAACAAUAGGUUGAUGGAGACCCUGCUCAAACAAGCUUACAGUCUAGAGGAAGUGGGGUAUAAAACACAAUAUGAAGGGCAGAGUGGGGGAUAGUUUGAAAGUAGCAGAAUUGGAAGAAUACAGCAUAUAUAAAAGUACAGUUACAGACUGCGGCGAAACAUCAUACAAAUUGAAAUGAAUGACUUGGUGUUGUUAUAUUUGCAUUUUUUUGAAAUGUAGAUUAAGUUAGGGUUUCUUAAACAAGAAUAACCAAGCUCUAUUUGAAGAAUCGUAAAGGAGACACUAUUUUAUAUGCUAGGGAUAUAAUAAUACUGAAAUUAACAUAACACAUGUCUGGAACCUUUCUUUGCUCCAGGAGAUAUUGACGAUUAUUGUGCUGAAGUAGAGGAAAUUCUGCCUCAGCAUUUACAACCUUCUUCAAGCUCUACACUUGGAUCUUCUCCCAGCUCAUCCCCUCGCUCAAGCCCCUGCCCGUCACCGACAAUGCCGGAAGGACCACCCCCAUCUCUUCCUGUACGCCCAAGUCGUGCUCCUUCUUCAAAACAACCAGGACCCCCUGUGGCUACAUGUCAAGGUAUUUUACCCGCUAAGCCUUUACUGUUCUUAACACAAGUUUUAAAAUGAUCAUACAGGUCUAAUUCAAGCAGGAUCUUGAUAUAGGAGAAUAAAUUAUAUUUUGGUUUAUGUUUGCUUUUCACAGGUUUGAACAAUAUACACUAGUAUAUCAAGUCUGUCUAGCCUGUAUAGUCCUAUCAUGGAGAAUUUUAAUAAGAAAAACACAAACCUUUUAACUGUUUUUGAUGUUAGUGGGUUUUUUUGUUUUUGUUUUUUUAUGUAUUUUUUUUUUUUUUUGGUUCCACCCUCUGCCCAAUUAUAAAACAAAGAUUUAAAAGCUCCAUUUUUCCAGAGCCUCUCUGAAGCAGGUCAGGCCUGAUGUAUUUUUCCUGUCCAAUGUUUCUUAUAAAAAGGUUUGGGGGACAUAGGGAGCAUGCGUGGCAAUCCCCCUUCUCCGCCAAUACAAUGUUUUCUGAUAAAGAAGCAAGCCAUUGGACAUGUGCUGAGCAGGAUGACCGUGAAAGUAAAUACCUUCAAAAAUGGAAGAUCUUAUGGAAAGCUGGCAUUAAUGGCUUUUCUGACCAUGUAAACUUGGUUCUUUCUCAAAAGAGGCCAUGUUUCACACUGACCCAUUAAAGGGACCGUUUCUAUACUCCAAAAUCACUGCAGUAAGAUAUAGUGGUCUUGGUGCUUAAAAGGUCCCUUUAUAAAUGAACACCAACACAUGAAGUCCUUUUUUUUUAAAAUUUAUUUAUUUAUUUUUAUUUUUUUUGCCAUUUCAGUGCAGGCAUUUUCAUGAAGGGUAUCAUUUGGGUAAUUCACAUUUCUCAAUGGCUGCAAAAGUAUCUUGUAAAUGUGUUCUUUGUUGUUGUUGUUGUUAUUCUGCUUUUGAUUUUAAAUUGCCCAGUUACCCUUUUAAACUCAUGUUUUGUUUCUAAGUCAUUUACAUUAUGUUCUCCCAAAGUAACUUUAUCUUUUUUUUUUUUUUGGUAAUUUGUGUACUGUAGAACAUGCUUUAGAUGUCUGAAGGAAAGAAUUCUUAAAUGGUGUUACCUUGAAAUGACAUGGUCCUCUUUUGUAUUUUCUAAUAAUUAGCUUUAUGUUCUUUACUAGAUUUCCAACCAAUAACUCAACAGAAAGAAACUUUGACUCUCGAACCAAAACGUCCACCACCUCCACGACCUGGUGUUCCACCAGCACGUCCAGCGCCUCCUCAGCGCCCACCACCGCCAUCAGGUAAUACACUGCUUAUGCAGAACCUCUGCAGUGCACAUUGUGCAUUCAUAAAGCUCUAUGACUGGCUCAUUUCUAACACUCUAAUCAUCUACAUCCUGAGAUAUAUGUAGUGCUGAAUGAGUGAUUAAUUCCCAUUAAAUGUCCUAUUUGAAUGUCCUAUUAAGUGAGUAGACAUAGAAUUCUAUUGAAAAAGCACCAAACCCAUUUUUGUCAUUUUCAAUAUAUGAUGCUAUACCCCAAAGCCAUAUUGAACUUCAUGUACUUUUAAUUGGUUUACUAUUUACCAUAAACCAUAAGCCUUACUUUUGCGAAGAUAAACUUUUUAAAGUAUUUUUAGUAUUUGGGGGAUUUAAGCAAUCUGUCGUGGUUCAAAAGGGCAGUCCAGGGCAAUAUAUAUAAUAGAAUUCAAUGUUUGGUGUCUUACAAAGUUCCUUAAGUCAGUCACACCUCCACCAUAUAUGAAAAUAUCUGCCAUCCUCAUUAUAACCUGUACAACACAACUGAUUUGUCAGGACAUAUCUAUCAGUGAGAGGUCGUUUUGACACAGGUUUUUAAUCAAAGGGCACUUUAUGUAACUUGUCCUAAACAUGCAGACACGUUUUAACAUUUCCUCAGUGAAGUAUCUUUAUAUGCUGCAAAAAAUCUCUUCUAUUUUUGUAUUAGUUUUAUUGUCAAUUUACCACAAUGUUUAAAUAUGUAUUUGUAUACAUGAGUGUCAAAACGUUUCCAUUGCUUAGUUUGUGAGUAACAUGUUUGUUGAGUUUUGUGAACAUUGAUAAAACAAAACAUCAAAAGUAGAACCGUAUAUCCUUCUGUAGCUGUAAGAAAAAUGGAUAUUAAAAUCACAGUACGCAUCCUGAAGAGGCAUCACAGUGGUCAUAGUGUUCGCUAGUCUCUCUAAUUGUAGGGAUGGGUUCCAUUCUGUCUCUUCUGUUUUUGACUCUUUACUGUAUCUCUCUUUUUGCUGCCUGUUUACUGUGUGCAUUAUAAGGGGCUAGGAGUCCAGCGCCCGCUAGGAAAGAAGCUGCAGGUAAAUCUUUGCCUGUUUAUUUCCAAGUUUGUUUGUAUGAUAAAUCCAACAUGCAUUGUCCUCUUUGUUAAACCAUAGCUGAAGUACAUGGCUGGUCUAUAUGAAAGAACAUUUUUAUAAAACUCAUGGAUGUUUAAAUUAUUUGACCGGACUUGGCAAGCUUAAACAUGUUGCUGUAUAACAUAUCAGAUAAAGAAUCUUACAGCAGCUUCCUACUCACAUCACAAAGAGCAAGAAAAAUAUGUCCAUCACUACUUGGGUUCAUGAAUACGGAAAGACUGACUAAAACAUAAUAGGUUGGACAUUUUUUUUCCACCAAUAAAUACACUCUGAAUCAAUCUGCUGUGAGUUUGUCCAUAAUAUAAUUAUCUAUUAUCUUAUGUGUCACCAUUUCCAUCCUGGGAGAUAUUAUCUUAUGGGUCACCAUUCCAAUGCUGGCCGAUGGCUCCUGCUGCUAGUGUAAUCCUGCAUAAUAGUUUCUUUUUAUGGGAAGAAACAUUAUCAAGGGAUCUGGUAAAUUAAAACACCCAGGGAUUAACAGAUAAGCCUGAGAAAUAUUCAAGAUAUUAAGUUGCGAGUCUCUUCCCAGAGUGUGCCACCCUAUGACACGCCCAGCAGACAGUAUGUGUUUUUUGCAUGUGCCUCGCCUAAAAACAAAAACAAAUUCUAUAAUAUGCGCUAUGUUCAAGGGGUGAAAUAUUCACAUAAAAGCAGAAAUACCAAUCUCAACACAAAAAUAGUUAACUUAAAGGACCACUAUAGUGCCAGGAAAACAAACUCGUUUUCCUGGCACUAUAGGGUCUUUAGGUCCUCCCCACCCUCAGUGUUUCACUCCCGAUGGGCUGAAGGGCUUAAAGCACUUACCUUUCUCCAGUGCCGGGCUCCCUCGGCGCUGGGGAACUCUCCUCCUCCUGCCGACUUCAGCGCUGAAUGCGCAUACGCGGCAAGAGCUGCGCGCUCAUUCAAAACGUCCAUAGGAAAGCAUUCCUCAAUGCUUUCUUAUGGACGUCCAGCGUCUUCUCACUGUGAUAUUCACAGUGAGAAGCGCAGAAGCACCUCUAGCGGCUGCCAGUGAGACAGCCACUAUAGGCUGGAUUAACUCUAAUGUAAACAUAGCAGUUUCUCUGAAAGGUUAACCCUAGAGGGACCUGGCACCCAGACCAUUUCAUUGAGCUGAAGUGGUCUGGGUUCCUAUCUUGGUCCUUUAAGCUAAUCAAAUACACAUCUUAUAAAUAUGUAUAAAGAACCUGAAGGCAUUUCUAGUGGGUCUUACCUCAAGCGUCUGUAGUACACAGGGCAUUACAUAAUUAUCUCUCAAGACUAGUGCUUUAUCUAUUGAGAUAAUUUGGGCAUAUGACAAAAUGCCCUUUCAUAUAGGAGAAGCUUGUAAUUUAGCUAUGGUUAUGUCAUUCAUUUUGGUUUACUUUAUUGUUUUAUUUGUUGGUAUUUGAAUGUAAAAUGUACAUGAAUAGGAAUUGCAUGUUAAAUAGUGAAUUGUAUUUUAUUUCAAAUUCAGUUGCAAAUUCUGCCAGAUUGAUUGAUUGUUUGGAAAAAACAUCUAAUGGUCACAGCUUUGCCGUUGAAAGGACCAGUCCAGGCACCCAGACCACUUCAGCUUAAUGAAGUGGUCUGGGUGCCAGGCCCUCUAGGAUUAACCCUUUUUUUUUUUUUUUAUAAACCCAGCAGAAACUGCUAUGUUUAUAAAUGGGUUAAUCCAGCCUCUAGUGGCUGUCUCAUUGACAGCCGCUAGAGGCGUUUGCGUGCUUCUCACUGUGAAAAUUACAGUGAGAAGACGCCAGCGUCCAUAGGAAAGCAUUAUAAAUAGUGAUACUUUAAGCCUACAUUCACAGUUCAGUUUACAAAUCAUUACAAUUCACUGUUUACUGAAUUGGUGCAUAAGGAAAUACGGACCCAAAAAAAGUCCUUAUCCACAAUCCAUUGUGCAUGUUAUUUAAUAUUGCUAUGGGAUCUAUAAUUACCUAUACAUAUUUAGCCUGCAUGCUGUGAAAGGUGUGUUUUGUAGCAUGUAUGGCACACCUUGUAUUAACCUCCUUCUUCCUGGGAAGCUUUAUAAAUCCUACACUAGAUGUAAACAAGGUAGAACAAUUUCAAAUUCCAAAAACUAGGUAAAUUAAAGGACCACUAUAAUGCCCUGAGGGUGCCCCCACCCUCAGGUUCCCCGUCUCGCCGGGCUCUGGGGAGAGGAAAGGGUUAAAUCUUACCUUUUUUCCAGCGCCGGGCGGGGAGCUCUCCGCCUCCGAUCCUUCUCUUCGGCUGAAUGCGCAUGCGCGGCAGGAGCUACGCGCGCAUUCAGCCAGUCUCAUAGGAAAGCAUAUAUGAAAAUCACAGUGAGAAGCACGCAAACGCCUCUAGCGGCUGUCAAGGAGACAGCCACUAGAGGCUUUAGAGGCUGGAUUAACCCAUUUAUAACCCAUUAAGCUGAAGUGGUCUGGGAGCCUAGAGUGGUCCUCUAGUUAAGAUAACUUUUACUUUACAAUGUUGGCUAAUUGCCAAAUGCUAUCAACACAUAGGUAUAAUGUACGUUUAUGGGGGCUGCAAUUAGUUCAUGGCUCGUGACAUGACACAAUGUUUCUGGAGUGCUAUGCGAUACAAGUAUCUCCCGUGGUUGGGGACCAGAUACAUGAAAGCAAAGUAGGAAGGGGAAAAUCAGAGAACAGAUGCUAUUGUAUUGUAAAAGGAAACAACCUGGCUUGUUCAAGUGUUAAAUGGAGGAAAUUCAUAGUAAGUUUCGAACCUUAGACCAAGAAAGCCAAACGGGAACAUUUUGAUUUCUUAAAAUAUUUGAUGAAGUCCGCUUCUGAGCUACCACGGAUAUAGAUAGUAUAUCCUGUCUCCAACUACCUUCUUUUAAUUCUUUUUAUUUUCUGUUUAUUGUAUUUCUACAUGGCAGCGAGAUUCUACAUGGCAGCGUUAAAACCUAUUUCUAGUUUCCCGUUCUAUGAAAGCGUUCUGUGUGACAGGGAGUUAGGGUGCAUGCAGAAUUUGAGCGCAGUGAUGUUGCAUGUUUUGCAUGGGCCAUAUGCAGCCUGUCUGUUCUCCCAUAUGUAAAUGUCUGUGAAAUCUCUAGUGUCUCUUCUUUCUUUGAAUAAGGUGCAGGGCCUCCUCCAAGCCCGGGGGUAGCUCGGAGAGAUGUUGAAGGUAAACUGAUUACAAUGCCAAACAAAUUGUUUGGGGAUUUUUUUUGUGUUUGUUUUGUUUGGACCUGUUGUGUUGCCAUUCAUCUUACACGAUUAUUUGCGAAGGUGAGUGCAAAGUGAAAUUAUUUGGCCAAAAUUUUAGUUAACUUUUAGGUCAAAGUUGCCAAACUGGAAACCUAGUUGAUUGUUUUUGUUUGUUUGUUUUUUGCAUUUUGGCUACUUUGGCUUUAAAUUUGAAAUUCACUUUAGUUUAUAAUGCUACAACGAAUAAUGCUGUGUUUGGUGCCAUCUAGUGUCCAUCACAAUCAUUAGCAUUUGCUAUAUGAAACUAUAAUCCCUAAGAAUGCAAUACCUUUAGCUGACUUUCUGGAUAACUAUUGCAGACUUUGUAAAUAAAACCAGGUAUUGCAAACAAUCACAUGCUUCAUACAGCUUUAUUUGCUGUCUGAUUGACUGGUUGAUGACAUCAUUCCCCAUCACUUGGAAUUUGUUAUUCCUUCCAGGUUUUAACAGUAAGAUGGAACAUCCUAAUGAGUGGUAAAACUUGUGGAUGCAUUUCAUUAUUUGUACAAGGUUUGCUAAUCAAAUUGUUAAAUUAUUUAUAUUUCUUUAGUGGUUUUAAAUGAUAACCUCUCCUGGGAGGCUAAAAGUAUUUCAUACAAAAACUGGUGUAUACGUGAUUCAACAUGCGUUUGUGUAUCCCAUGUUUAUGAGCAGGGCUAAAUACAGAAUUAGCAGUGAUGUGGGCUCAAUACAAAAUUAGCAGCGCUACAGGCUAAAUACAGAAUUAGCAGUGCUGUGGGCUAAAUACAGAAUUAGCAGUGCUGUGGGCUAAAUACAGAAUUAGCAGUGCUGUGGGCUAAAUACAGAAUUAGCAGGGCUACGGGCUAAAUACAGAAUUAGCAGGGCUACGGGCUAAAUACAGAAUUAGCAGGGCUACGGGCUAAAUACAGAAUUAGCAGGGCUACGGGCUAAAUACAGAAUUAGCAGGGCUACGGGCUAAAUACAGAAUUAGCAGGGCUACGGGCUAAAUACAGAAUUGGCAGGGCUACGGGCUAAAUACAGAAUUGGCAGGGCUACGGGCUACAUACAGAAUUGGCAGGGCUACGGGCUACAUACAGAAUUGGCAGGGCUACGGGUUACAUACAGAAUUGGCAGGGCUACGGGCUACAUACAGAAUUGGCAGGGCUACGGGCUACAUACAGAAUUGGCAGGGCUACGGGCUACAUACAGAAUUGGCAGGGCCGGGCUACGGGCUAAAUACAGAAUUAGCAGGGCUACGGGCUAAAUACAGAAUUAGCAGGGCUACGGGCUAAAUACAGAAUUAGCAGGGCUACGGGCUAAAUACAGAAUUAGCAGGGCUACGGGCUAAAUACAGAAUUAGCAGGGCUACGGGCUAAAUACAGAAUUAGCAGGGCUACGGGCUAAAUAUUUGACAUGUUAUUUAUACAGCAUCGACCUAUUACCUAUUCUGCAGUGGUGCAAACAUUAUACAAUUCUAUAAAAGUCAUUUGAAAAUACUACAUAGAGUACUGUGUUGUUGGGGAAAAAAAACAACUUUUUAAUGUAGAGAAAGAAUGUGAUCACCAUAAGGUGUAGCCACUGCAAAAGUAGUUUAGGGUCUUGUGUAUUAAUUGUAACAUGUAUGUAUGGGCUUAAAGGGGCACUCCACUGCCCAAAUACAAAAUAAAGCACUGUUUAAUAGACAUAUGCCAAAUGAAAACAUGCAUGCAUUUAAUUAUGCAUAUUUUGUUAUUGGGGGUAUAUCUAAAAACAGCUUGCAAAACCUGCCCAUAUCUUCUCUGAAGUCUUUUUGUGUCUGUCCAAUCACAGACUUCCCAAUGCAGCUAUAUGAGAAGUCUUUGCAAGGCAGGUGCUUCGGGCAAUUGCUGCCUCUUGAGUUUAUCUUCACUGAGUUAAACAACCAGGAAGUAACAGCCAAGGGGGUGUAACCAUUUUUAAUUUAUAAUACUGCCCGUUUCUAAUGAACGAGGACACACUCUUCACACAGAAUGCUCUUCAGAAAGUUAAACUGCUUUAGGGUGUCGCUGUAAUCUAAUUUCUCAUUUGUAAGGGACACUUGGUCCUUAUUUUGGAAUGUUCUGUUAGUUAUACCCCUGCUAGGUGAGACUUGAGAAACUGUAUCCUAUGAUGAUUUAAAUCUAUUGUGGUUGACUGUUUAAAUAGAAACCCAGCCUUUAGAUCAAUUAAUUAUCUGUAGACUGAAAUCAUAGCUCUUUGUUUAUAUCUGCUAAUUUUGUGAACCGUUUUGAUUUCUUAAAUUUAAAAAACAAAAUGAAUUCAUUAUAAUCCUGCUAUUUUGCACCAUUAUCUUUACCUGUAUCUGUUCCAUUUUGAUCUUAGCCCGUGGAUCGCUUCCCCCUCAGAUGGAAGGAACGGCCCCAGCUUUGGGAGCUUCGGUUAGACCGGUCAGUGCCUCACAGCUAGAGUCUAGCAUUCUUUUUUUUUUAAUUAUAAGUAUCAAAUAAAACAUUUACUAGACAUGUCUAAAAUCAGGGUUUGUCCUAAUUUGGGAUAUUACUGCUUCUAACUAGAGGUCUGCAGGGCCCCUGUGUCAGCUAACGGAGUAUGCUACAAUAGAGUGUAAUAAAGGCAUCAGAGUAAGUAACACAAGUAUUGCCACUACAGGGAGCCAGGUUAACAUGUUCAACCUUUGAUAGUUUCUUAUCAUUGUAUGGAAACUAAGGGGAAAAGCAUAUAAGAAUACAGAGUAGUAUUACUACUAGUUCACCUUUAACAUGUGCAUAAUUGUUCUCAUGUGCAGUAUUUGUAAGGGAAAUAAAACACUUGUUCAUUCUGUAAAUUCUGACACAAUGAACAUGUCCCGUGGGAUGCUUUUCUUUUUACUAUAUGGUGAUAACUAUGUUAAAGAUUACAUAGUUACAUACCUGAAACGAGACACGCGUCCAUCAAGCUCAGCCUUUCUAGCAUAUGUUUUUGCUGUUGAUCCAAAAGAAGGCAAAAAACCCGGUCAGAAGCACUUGUGCAACAAACUAGGAAGAAAUUCCUUCUUGACUUCAAGAUGGCAGUCUGAGAUCUCCUUGGAUCAAGAAGCUAUUACCCCACUAAUUAGAAAUGACAUCCCUGUAUGGUUAUUGUGACUAAGUGCAAGAUAAAUGAAGGGUAACCUGUUUUCUCAUUGUUAUGCAUCUCACAAAUGGGGAAUGCUACGUAUUAUAUUUUAUACCCCACAGUAUUCAUUGGAGACAUAUGGUUCCCAUAUUGCCACAAAAAAGCAGGUCUAAAAGACAAGAGAAAAAAUGAUUUGGCUUAUUCACAAAGUGUCCUUGCAUGGUCGAUUAGUUCUGCCAUGCCAUGUCUUCAUUCUAUAGCAGCUGCUAUGGCUGAUACUCCUGUUAUGUACCUCUAGGCCAAGCUCGCAACUCUUAAUUGCUGGAAUGUUGCAAGUAUUUAACAUUGCCAAAUUGCCAUUACUUUACUUUAAAAUUAACCAACUUGAUGCACCCAGUAGGAGAGGGGUUUCUGAAAGCUCGUAUCCUGUUGUCUCCCUAUGGUUAUAAUUUGGAAUACUCACACAGACAUGUGCAACCAGUGUACCCAAGUACACCUUAAUACGAUGCUCGAUUGUCCACACUGGCCCCAUUUAAACCUGUACCUAAAUGCUGGUAUGAAAGAGCUCAUUUUCAUGUUAAUGAUGAUUAUCAUUUGUCUUGAUAAAUAAUAAUUAUCACUAGAUCAAAAAUAAAACAAAAUCUGGUUUGAAGUUUGUAUUGUAUGUAUUCUGUUGUAAUAUAUAAAAAUUGUGUAUCUAUAUUUCAGUUGUGUGAUGAAUAGAAUGAUUAUUGUUUAUUUUAAGAAAAUAUUCAGAUUUUAUAAAUAAAAUAAAAAAACUAGUGCACCUCCAUCAACUGUAACUUGUAAUUACAGAAAUAAAGUAUAUCCAGUCUGUGUUCCUGGCCAAGAGAGGAACACAUGGCUCCUGGUUUUGUGUAAUGUUAAAUGACAGUCUUUUUUGUUUGGUUUAGACGAUUCCUCCACGAGCUGGCGUUAUUAGUGUUCCACAAAGCCAUAAUCGUAUAACACCAGCCCGACCGAUCCCAGAAACAUCAGUUAAACCGGCAGAACCUGCCAAAGGUACAGUGCUUAAUGUCUCCUGCCUUUCUGGUACGCAAUGCCAUUAUAAAGGUCUGCAGCACAGUCUGUGCUUGAAUAGUGACAAGUUUCGUUUAACUACAAAUUCAGUGUGCUGGUCAAAGGAUAAAGAGCAAACUGUCUGAUUUAAUUUGAGGACAUUUACAUCUAUAAACUGUGAAUUGUAUAGGUAGACAUUUUUAUACUUUGUUCCUGGUAAGAAGGGAUAGUAGUGUUAGAAGAGACAGUGAGAGACUUUGAGUGAGAUAAUAUAUUGCAGAUUUCUGUAAGGAAUAUGUCUGUAUAUUCUGUGUGUCUCUGGAUGGAUGCCGCUGUGCUAGAGCCCGGACUAUACAAAAAGCAAAUUUAUCUAAAGAAGGCAAUACUAACUACUGCAGCUUUGCUAUGUGAAUGGAACUUCCCUUUAACCUGUAUCUGCUUCAUGCCUUUAAGAGUGACAUGUGAUUUUUUUUGAUUGCAUUACUUUGUUUAAAUCUUACAUUAUGAUCUACCUUUUCAGGACUUUCUUUUCUUCCCGAACCUUUGAAACCCCAUCCUGCAGUUCCACUUCUACCCAGUCCAACUACCCAGCCCCCCUGCCAAAAGCUGCCAGAACCUCUAUUGCCUACAGGAAUGCAACCCAUUUCCUCAACUCCGUCGAUGCAGACCCUAGACCAACCUCCACAGCCACCACCACGCAGCCGCUCAGCUCAGAACUUACCUUCAGAGCAAGUAGCCCCCCAGCUGGUAGGUUUUACAUCCACUUUGUUGGCGUUGCAUACAAUUACAUAGCAAUGCCAGGUCACUGAACACUGUAAGCAGAAUGAUGAAAGACCACACGAUGCUUCCUUAUUUAAUUAGGCUGUAAAAUGGCAAAUGCACAUGAUGAAUGCCCUAGGAAGACGUUGAGAAUCAUUGAUAUUAUCUUUUCAUAAUCAUAUCAUUUUCUUCUGCAGACAUUUUCUGGAACAGAUUAAUCUUCAUAAUUUAGAGUAGACAUUGUAUUCUACUGACAAUGUUUCUGCAACAUCAGUCAUAGAAGUGAAAAUGCUAAGUGAUGUUUGUAUAUUCUGUAGUCUGAACACAAUAAAGACUGUUUCGAGACCAGAUAGUAUUUUGAAUGUCGCCACAUGUAUAUUUUCCAUUUAUUACUACAUUAAACUAUCAGUCGUGUAGAGUUUUUUUUUUUUUCUUUCAGGUUCUCACAAGAUCAUAAUGAGUAUUCAUUGGCAUAGGUCAAAACUUGAUCACUUGGAUAUUUAGACAUAUUUAAAGGAACACUAUAGGGUCAGGAACACAAACAGGUAUUCCUGACCCUAUAGUGUUUAAUCCACCAUUUAGGUUAAAGGAAAAGCAUUGGAUUGGCUAAAAUCUGCACGGGGGCGGGGCCAAAUGCCAUUUUGGCCAAUCAGGAAGUCCUCUUUUUGAUUCAAUGCAUCUCUAUGAGGAAAAUGCAGAGCAUGGGGACGCUGAACGUCAGGGCUGCUUUUUCGGGUCCUGCAAUGCCAGGAAUACAGAUUUGUUUUCCUGGCACUGGAGAGUCCCUUUAACAAUGUCUCUCUGAUUAUUUAUUUAUAUAUAUAUAUAUAUAUAUAUAUAUAUAUAUAUAUAUAUAUAUAUAUAUAUAUAUAUAUAAUAUUUUAUUUAUUUAUUUUUUACAUUUUUUGCACACUUAAAAUGGUUUUCAACCUCAAAAUCACAUUAAGGUUUAUAUCUGUAUUUUCCUAAUAUCAUCUUCUUUUAAUAUCUGUCUUUCUAUCACAAGCAGGAGCAACCAUCAGGGUAACAGGUACCAGAUGCAUUUAACGUUAUUUCCUGUAAUUCACCUUUUAAAUGACCCUAUUGGUGUAACAUUACAUUUAGCUUUGUAUGUUUAUCAUGUCAUGGAUAAUUACCUCAUAUGUUACGCUGACCAGUUAACCUCAUCUCCUAUGCAGUAAUUUUGUCAUGAUAAAGAGGAGGAUAUACUGUUAUAGUAUCCUCUCGUGUUCAGUGUUGCCUUCCACCUAUUGCUGGACAAAGUUUGCUAGAAUGCUUUGCUGCCAUUAGGUGGUUGUGUCGAGCUGGGAACCACUUGAUGUAUAGCAUACACUGUAAAUAAAUUGUGGUCUUGUUACCAGAUUGAAUCCGGGAGAGCCACAUUUACCUAAAUCAUGGCUAUAACAAUACAUUUUUUUUUUUAAGUGUGCAUGUGAUAGAAUAUUUGCUUUUAUCAUUUAUUUGACGAUAUUUUUUUCUGUGUUCUCCUGCAACUAAAUAAUCUUUAUCUCAAUCCAGUACAAUGAAUAGAUUAUUGCUCUUGGAUUUUAAUUUUGUCCCCAAGCAGAGGAGUGUAAUAUUGUAUUGUCUACAGACUCUACACAAUGAGAAACCAAUGGCUAAUUUAUUUGAAUCAUACAUUGAAAUUGUUAAGAUGUUAAUGGAACACAAAUUAGGAGUGCUAUGAUUAGGAUCUAACUGUGCCAAAUUCUAGAUGUGUAUGUAUGAUAGAUUCAUAGCUGGAACAAUUGGAUCUUAAUGCAUUACCCCAAAAAUAAGACCUCCGUGGGAUGUUUUCCAUUAUUUUUUUUAUUUUUUUAUCUAAUCCUGCCAGAUUAUGACUGGAAGGGUAGAUCCACUGUACUGGGGAUGCCUCAGAAAAAAUACCUAUUUUUAUCAUGACUUAAUUCUUGCAUCAUUUUGAUUACUUUUACUGCUGCAGAAUAUAGAUGUACACAUUUAGACAUGUAGAAUGAUGUAGAUCUGUGUGUAAAAAGACAUCACAUGCUUUAAUCUGGAUGUAUUCAGCAUUGUGCAGACUGAAUAUGGUAGUCAAAAUUAACCUUCAUUUUAUAGUUUGAGUUUAAAAGCGGCCAACUUGUAACCUAACAUUUGGGUUUGGAUUCAGAUACCGUUGUCACCUAUCCAGCUCUUGGGUUGGUUUCUGGUUGGUUUCGCCUGGCAUUUUUGUUUCCCCAUGAGUUUGACUUUUGUGCAGAGUUUAUUGGCUGCAAACCACAUUCCAUCAUUCAUUCUCCUAAUCAGAUAAAUAUUCUGCAGUCUCUCGAUGAUUAAUUAUUCUAAGACGACUAACAUCAAAGCAUUCCCACCCCUCUGUUAACAAAAAAAGAUGACUUUUGUAAUGCAGUGUGUUUUAAGCCCUGUGAUACAUAUUAGAUGGCUAUGACACAUUAUCGAGCAUGUGCGAGAGAAUCUGUGGAAGAUCCUACAGUCUCUUAGAAUCUCCAAUAAACCUCCAUCUUCUAUUCUCACUUGCACAAGAGCAUAUAUAUCUUCAGGCCAUGAGAGACCCUAGCGAUACAUGGGGCCGUGAGAUAGGGGAUUUUUACUCUAUUCUAUCUCCGAAAUCUCAACCAACACCCCCGUAAAUGCUGGCAAGUCGCUUUGGGAGGGGUCUUUCCAAAAACCUUAGAGCUACAGAAACACCACAGCAGUGCCUCUUUAUCUGGGACUCCUCCCUAUUAGAUUCUUUAUAUUCGGUUGCUGCUUUUUGUUAUGACUUGGAAUUGAAAUAUUCAUUUUAUCGUUUUUAUUUUAUUCUACAGUAAUGCAUCAAAUAUUCCCUAACUGGAGAUCUGUUAAACCAUUCUGACAACUUUAAAUGGGUUAUUCAAUUAUAAUUUGCCCUUUCAAUGUUUAAAGGCCCAGAUAAUGUGCUCUCUGGCACAUACUAAGCAGUGAAUUGUGUGAUACUGCUGAAGCUGCAGUGUUGAAGUGUGGGAUAUAGUUAAUUUUUGGUGGCUAUGCUAGACUUCUAGUGUGUAGAACAUCUUUUUAGUAGCAGGAAAGAUUGCUAAUGUGCAUUUUUAUGGACUCUGUCACCCCUAUUUACAAACAGGGUUACUCAAUAAACCGGGUAUUUCUGAGAAUUCAUCAAAAAGUUUCUUUAGGCCAAAAAUACCUCCCCUUUAGUGUAAUGUAACAUGCGAAGUAUAGCGGUUCGAUUUAUAUAAAUAAAAUAUAGAUACCCUGUGUAACUACUUUGCAUACUGCAUUUUCACUCUAUUGUAAUGUAAGCUGUGAAGUGUUUAAGUAUUAAACUGCAGCUGUAAAAGUCUCAGACAUUUCGUAUGGUAGAAGUAUGUUUUUGGCUUUUGGCAGCUGGAUUGUCAGAAGUUACGGCGCUAGCUAAUUUGACUGCAAUUGUUGCAUGAAUAGUGCAUGAGGUGAACAAAACUCAAGGCAAAAAUCAUCUUUGUGUUAACAGAUCUUUUGUUUUGUUUUUUCAUGUUAUCCAUGUAGACAUUUACCUUAAAAAAAAAAAAAAGCAUUCUUUAAAGUUUUUCAUCGAAAAAUUUACCUUGUUCGUUUCGGAAAUGGAUGAAAGACAUUUAUGAUUUUCAGGGGAAAACAAUCUAAUAUUAAUAAUGUGCUUUUUUUUCUAUUCUUCUUUAUUACAGCAUCCAGCAAACGGAGUCAGUGGCUUUAAAGGCCAGGUUGACAAUGUUCCUAUUGUGGACUUUUCAUUUGAUCAGCUUUCCAUUUCAAACCUCCGGGCACCAGCUCACGUAAUCCCAGGUCCAACAUCAAGCCAAAAAGAGUCAAUUCCGUUGCCUUCCACAGUACAGAAUAAUGUGAACAUCUUAAGCAGCAUUACUCUCGCUCCUCCGUUACCUCCUAUCCCAGCCCGUAGUGGAUCUCAAGACAGUUUGCGGAUAUCACCUAACCCGUUCGUCAACAAGUCAAAUACCUGCCCUCCCAACCCAUUCACUGAACAGGCAAGAAAUCCUUUCAAGGUCUCAGAAUUACCCGUGACUGCUCAAUCAUCUUUCCAGACAAAUAUGUUGGAUCAGUUUAAUGCACACAGUCAGCCAGAACUGCAGCAAGACACAGUGAAAUUUACUCUAGGCCCAGUGGAAAAAAGUCACUCGCUACCAAUAAAACUUUCCACCAUGCAAGAUCCCAGUAUGAAAGGUUGGGUCACAUUUGACGAAGACCACUUUGCUAAUAAACUCAACAAGUAUGAAUCUGUAGCCCUUGGCAAUGGCAAUUUAACAACCAACUUCCCGAAUUCGGAAUUUGAUAGCAACUCGAAUUCAGUACAAGCUGGCCACUCUCUUACCCUGCCAAUCAGAAAACCACCUGCCCCACCACCUGUACCAUCACGGGCAAAGUUUGGAAACCCUUCCUCCAACUUGUCUACCAAGUCUUCGUCCACCCUAGAUUAUACUGAUCGGUAAUGUCCACGUGGUAGACAUUUGAGUUUCUGUUUUUGUGCAAUAAUCUUGGAUCCAUGGUGAAAUAUAUAACUUCUUUGUGAAAACUUGGCUGUAACCACUAUUGAAUGUAUCCACAAAGUACUAUUUGUGUCUGUGUAAAUGGGUAUUGCAUUUCAAAUGUGUGAAUCUCCUGUCUAAUUGAGCUUGUAGUAGAUGUGUGUGUUGACUUCAUUCAAAAAAAAAAUGAUGAAUGGAUAUACAUGUUUUUUUUCUUUUUUUUUUCUAUUUUCUUUAAAAUGUUUUUAUAAGAAAACCAAUCUUAUCUAUUAUGAAGAAGAGUUAAUAGGAACUUGUUUCGGUAUUUUUAUGGCUUUAAUUGGCAUUGGGUAAGCGGUACACUGUGCACUCUGCAAACAAACAAAAUGGUAAUCCCUUAUGAUAGAUAUAACAGUGAUCCACAUAUCAUCCAGUAAUUUAAACAGAAAUGUUUAAUUUGGACAACGGGAAAACUUGGAGCUAAACCUUUUAGACUAUGUAAUUCAUUAAGAACCACUAAAAUCCAAAUAUAUAUUGGGUGCACUCACCAAAGACCAACGCACCUAACUAGGAUAUUUAGAAACUUCAGAGUUUCUAAAUGCCCCUUAGAUACCAAGGAGGAAAACAAAGUGAAAUAUAGCUGUAUAAUGUAUUUAAAGAGUUACUCUACCAAAACAUGGUUUUGUUGUUUUUUUUAUGGAUUAAUUUAGAAAAAGAAAGUUAUCAAGCACAAAUGUUCCUGCAUUCCCACAUUGAGGGCAGAUUCUCCCUGAGGCCUGAUCCUCCCCCCGUGAUGUUCCUCCUCACUGCAGGUGGAUGGGCAUCCUGGAGUACUUGGACGGCAUAGAGAGGGGGGAUCGUGCAGCCAUUGGUCAUCUGUUGCCAAUAUGCUAUGCGUGCUGACAACAGAUGCCCAAUAUGCACAAAUUUAACAUUGGCAAGCUUGGCUGGCUAAUGCCGCUGCCGGAGGUGGAGUUACACCUCCCUCUGCAAUGUGCAUUUUCAAAUGCAGAUCCCAAGCACCGCGGCCAGUCGAAAUCACAGAAGUGGUCAUAGUGCUUGGAUUAGCCCCUCAAUGAAGUGAUCUAUAAAGUGGCACUCUUCUGUAAUAUUGUUUAUACAUUGUUUUGUUUUUAUGCUAUAGGACUGAUGAUGCACUGAUGAUUUUUUUUCCAGUUAAACUUCUAUUCUCAUAGAAAACAUUUGUUCGGUAACUCUGAACAUCUCAAUUACAGCUGUCUGAGAGUGAAUAAAAUACUUCCAGAAAUUACAUUUUGGCACCUUUAGGAAAGUCCCAAACGGCUUUCAGUAAUCUGAUUAUUUUUCUCCUAGUGUAAGAAUAUCCCCGUGGGAAUGUAGUACACAUUAGAUUAACAGCACACAAACACUGAUCAGCCUUAACAUUAAAACCACCUGCCUAAUAAUGUGUAGGUCGCCCCUGUGCUGGCAAAACAGCUCUGAUGCAUUGAGGCAUGGACUCCACAAGACCUCUGAACGUGUCACGAUGUAUCUGGCACCAAGACAUUAACAGCAGAUCCUUUAAGUCCUGCAAGUUGUGAGGUGGGACUUGUUUUUGCAGCACAUCCCACAAAUGCUCAAUGAAAUUGAGAUCUGGGAAACACCUUUAACUCAGGAAACAUCAUUGCCAUCAAGGGGUGUACGUGGUCUGCAACAAACUUUCAAUAGGUGGUAUGUGUCAAAGUAACUUCAGUGUUUUUAAAGUUGUGGCUGUCAACAUAAGACGUAGUGUGUUCUUUUCCACUGAAAAUGGCUAAUUUACCCCAAAAUCAAACUCAACAACAAGACUGAACAAAUAUAUACAGUUGUCCUCGGCACUCUUCCUUAAAUAUAUAUAUAUUGCCUCGGUGCUACCAGCGUUCAAUAUAUAUCCAUUAAGAGAGGUGCACUCACAGGUCUUUGCAAAGAAAAGUAUCGUUUAUUCACAAUAUAAUCCAAGUGUCCCAACGUUUAAACCCUUCAGGGUCUUUUUCAAGAUAUGCACUCUCUAAAUUGUUAUUCACAAAUUUAAGUCCAAAAUAGCCAAACUGUUGAAAUUCUCAAAGUCAACCAUUCCUCCAGUUUGGCUAUCCAAGCCUUACAUUUUAAAAUUCACUUUGGAUUCCCAGCAAUUCUCACUUUAGUGCAUAACCCUGAAUAUCAUACAAUCUGUCUGUUUUUUUUGUUUUGUUUUUUUUUUCUGCUGCCACAUCCAAAAAAAAUGAAAAUAGCUUUUGGUUUCUCAUCAGGGCACCUUCUAGUAUAGUGAAUUUACAUCUAUGAUUUUGAGCAGUUGUAUUAUAAAUAAUGAUUUAAUAAUCCUAGCUGUCUAAGUCAGGGCUGUCCUACCUGCGGCCCCCCAGAUGUUGCCAUCUGUUUAAUUGAAAUAAUCACAGGAGUUGUAGUUCAGCAACAUCUGGGGGGCCGCAGGUUGGACAGCCCCGGUCUAAAUGUAGAACAUUUUACCAUUCUUUUCCUAGCUUUGCCUGAAGCCUAUUUUCAUCCUUUGGAUAAUCUUACAGCAGUGGCUAGGGAUGAUAUAGUAAAAAUCUAAAUAUUUCUUAAAUUUACGCGGGACCAGUUCAUUGCAAGACGCUUUCUGGCUUAAAAAAAAACAAAUCUCCCAACAGCUGAUCCUGUAUGGGAUGACCAAGCAUCAAUAGGGUGUUGAUUUAAUGCAAUAAAGUUCUAAACAUUUCAUUGGCAAAGUGGCAGUUCACUGAAUAACGAAGCUACAUUCGUUUAUGUGCAAAACAGCUGACAGUCAACGAUAGAAUGUACAGUACAGUUAUAUACUGUCAGAAUGAAAACCAUAAUUUAUGCAGUGUACAUUAUUAAUGAUCAUUCUCAUGGGAAUAAAUAUCAUGAAUUUAAAGUAAGUUUUAUAUUUAAUUUAUUGCAUUAAUAAUUAUAGGAGUAGGGUGGGAUUUUUUUAAGAUUGUAAUGUAUAAAUGUGAGUUUUCUGUAUAGGGACGUGUUGUGUAUGAAGUUAGGUGAUCCAUAGAUGUUCAGAAAAUGUUCUUUUAUUUUUCAUACUUGCUGUUCUAUGAAAAGGAAAAAAAACUGCUAAGAAAAUGAAAAACCCAACAAUAGAGUUUCUAUCAGGAAAUAAAUUAUAGAAAAUAGUCACAUUAGAAUGUAACACAAUGCAAUUUACAUGAUGUGGAAACAUGCUUGGUAAAUAGUGUAAUUUUACUAUGCUGUCUAGGACAUUGACCCUGGUACUACUAAUGCCCAUUAACUACAUUUCCCAUGCCACCCAACUGUCUCAAAAUCUGCAAAACUGUCACAGUAUUGAGCCCCUAUCCCUCCGUCUCCAGCUGUUUAGCCAAAUAAACAGAAAAGUCCCUAUAGCAUGCUACUAAACGUACAUACAUGUCACUAGUAUGCCCCUUCUCUCCUGAUUCUAUGUUAUAUACCCAACACUGCUGGGAGGUAGGCAUUUUCUGUACUGCUCAGCCACCCUUGGGAAAUGUAGUCCACAAGAUCUGCUGUACCAAGGUUAGCGUUCACCAUUCCACAUUAAGAGAAGGUUUUCACUGUUUAUACAGUUUAACAUCUGAUAAUACCUGGGGUCUACCAGGCAACACCAGGAGAGCUUGGAAGCUCCUGCUUAAUGGUGUAAGCUUUCCUGAGCAGUGCAUGGCUUCAUCUAAUCACUCUGAGCAAGUGUGCUCAGCUUUGCACUGCCAGACUUGGCUCAGACAGAGGCAAUCCCCAGGUAAACAGUCAAACCAUUUCUAAAGCAGCAAGUGUUUACAAUGGGGGGUCAUCAGUGCACUCCUGGCAUGCAGUAGUUUUGGUGCUUAAAGUGUUCCUUUAAAAAGUGCAACAUUUUAUUGAUGUGUUAUUCUACCCAACUUAUAAAAACAUAUUUUGUACUGGAAUUUGACCCUCCUAGACUUGGCAGUAAUGAAGCCCUUACAUCCUGGUGAUUUGCAGGUGACCAUUCACAUUCUUGCUGCUAUGUUUUUGUAAAUAUAGUAUCCCCUUUUCCACUUCAAUUUCCAUGCUGCACUGCACUGUCUGUUGUAUCCUCUCUGGUGCGGGUGCUGUAUUACCAGAAGCUCGACGAGGUGACGUUUUGUCAACUCCUUCCUCCAGUCAGAUUAGGGCUCAUCAGAGAGAAACGUUACUCUUUAACAUCUAUUGAAAAAUUGAUAUCCAAUUGUAUCUCUGGAAAAUAGCUCCACCCACGAGGAACAGUAUGUUACCAAGCUCCCAAAGUUGUAACAGUUCAGAAACACCUUAGAGGCACCUAGACCUUUAAACCAAGAUGGACAAUCGGAUGAGAUUCUGUGAAGUUUAUUUACCUGAUUACAACAUUGUAGUGAAUUGAAAACUGAAUUGCAAAAUCUAGGUACACCUAGAGGGCUAGGUUAAUAUUUCUUCUAUGUCUUAAAGAGAGAGGAGUGUAUUGUUUUGCCUUGGGAUGUUGUAGUGUUUGUUUUAUUGUUUGAUUGUUUUUAAAAGUUGUCAUGCUUUUUUUAAUUUAUUUUUUGGGUGGGGUGAUUUUUUUUUUUUUUCCAUUUUUUUUUUAUGUAAGAAUGUAUACCUCAUGUGCAAUGUACUGAUGUGUUUUGUCCUAUAUAGCCAGUGCAGAAAUGCAUGGUUAAAAUGCGGGGAGAAGACUGGUUUUGAUACCUUCCCACCCUCCCAACAGUGUCCACAUGUAUGCGUUUGAUGUGGGCAACAUAAUUAUUUAUAGAUUGUUCUGUAUUUUUACAUAUAUUCAAACUGUUGGUUCAGUGUAUCACAAUAUACGAUAUAUGUUACCGAUCUGCUGCCCUCGGGAACCUCCCAAGCUUAGUUUAAUGCCAUGGAUGUUCUGUAGUACUGAAUGAACUUCCCAUUAGGAAUGCACUUUACAUAUGACCAUAUUCAGGGAAACACUUUGCAAAGUGAUAAAUCUGAAGUUAAUAUUAGUCAUGUAUUGAUUUCAAUGAGGAGCUCUGCAUGGGCCUAGCGCCUGCACUGUGCUGGCUGGGAACAUUCCUCUGGUGUUCCUGGAUGAGGGACAGCAGAAUAGGAGCCCAAAAUCAGGAUGGUCCAGCCAGAACCAGGACAGUUGAGAGAUAUGCUUAUAUUUAAAGUAGAACUGUGUGAAAUAUUCCAAACCAUUUACCUCUUGGUGGCAAAGAACACAAACAGUGUUAUUGGUUUGCCUGUGCACACAAGUAUUAAGGAAGGUAGACUACAUAAUUACAUUAACAUCAACAUAACGCUGCUACUUUUAUAUUUUAACAGUUUGUGUGCUUGAGUUAAUGCAUAAUCAGAUAUCAGCCAUUAUAUAGGAGAGUUCUGUCCAUUCUACCCAUGUGGUAGGUAAAGGAUUACAGGUGAGUAAUGCACUUCAUAGAUCAGUGCUGUGGAAUAUGAUGGCGCUUUAUCGAUUGGUCAAUAUUUGGAUCCCAUCUACCUGCUGAGAGGGACAUUGUUAUGGGAGUUAUACAUAAAGAGGCAAGAGGUUUGCAAUUUAUAAGUAAAAAUAUCAGGUCCAAAGAUCUCUUGGCUUAAAAUGUGCAAUUCACUUGUCUGUAGUUGACAGUUCUUGUACAGUAAAUACCUGGCUCCAUAGAAUACCAGGAGUACUUGAGGAAAGUAACCUCUCCAACACAUCACAGCUUAGUACAUCUCCCCUGGGGAACUUGUGUCAUACAUUCUACUGACCAGCCACAUCCAGAUGUUAAUUUAGAACCUUUUAGAGUGUAGAGAAAGUUCUCUUAGCAUCUGCAGAUGCUGCUUUUGGGUACAAAAAUAGCAUGACAUAUAUGUUUAAUGUAUUUUAAAGGUUCUAUAGAUUUAAUGGUGGUAUCCUCAAUAAGAAAAAGUAAAGGGAUGUAGUGUAUUUUAUAUUUUGUUGUACAUUUUAUAGAGAAGUGAUUAUUAUUAUAAUAGGAAUAUUGCUUAUAUUCGUAUGGAAUUGUGUGUUGUCUUUGGGUCAUUUAUUUCAGUUUCUUUUCAAUUCAAAUGAGAUGAUGUACUUAUCUAGUAAGCUUUUUGCUUCAAAUUGACUAAUAAGAUAACAUAUUGUUUGACCUAUAUGUCAUUACCACCCUGGAAUUCUGGAUAAUAUAUUAUGAAUACAUUUGCCCAUGUCACGUAACAUGUAAAGAACGAUUUGUGUAGCAGAAGUGACUCUCAACUUUGAGUUAGAAUGCUGCUAUCUGUUACAGAUCAGUAAGUAAAAUUAAUUACAAUGCAUCAAGGGUAGGCAACUUGGUUUGGCAAACUACAGUUCCCAUGAUGCCCAUGGUUCCAGAGAAUCAAGACUGCUUUCACGAAGUACUGGAGAACUUACCCAGCAUAUCCCUGCUUCAUAUUUUAUUUUGGCAAAAUUGUAUUCUUCUGUCACCAAUAUACAAGUUAUAUAAACUUUCUAAAACAAUAACUGCUGAAUAUUUAGUACUACUGCAAAAAUAAGUCAUUUAUAUAAAUUCCGUGGUAUAUAUAUGUGACUAGUCGCUUUAACAUGUCAACCUUCCGUUGCUUCUGUGGUAUGUGUUUGAGACUGUGUGUACAGAACAGAGCAGAAGUAUUUAUCAAUGCACAAUAUCCUGCUGUACACUUACUGUGAUCUGUAGUGUGAUGCUCAAAUAAAUAGUGUGUUCCAGGGUUCUUGACUCCGUGUAUUUUUACUUAUUCUUCUAAAUAUUGUAAUGUUUAUUGUACGCAUUACUGACUGUGUAAUGGCUAAUGUCUCCUGAAUAAGGCAGCUAUGUUUAAAAAAAAAAAAAAAAUUUAAUCUAAAUUAGAGGGACAAACGGACAAAAAUACUUGUCAUCAGACAAAAG